UGACGGAACCUCAUGGCAAAGUGGAACCAAUUUUAAAACCUAUCCAGUCAAAAUCAAUGUGAAGAAUAAGCCUGAGGGUCCAGCUUUUGACCCCAAAGUCAAAGCUAUUCCUAUCUCAGAGGGAGGCCAGACCAUCAAAAUUAAUGAUGUAAUUGCCAGCUACCCUGCAAUAGAUGGAGACACCAGGAAACCAGCUGAGAAUGUCAGGUCAGUGUUUGAAUGAACACACUGAAAUGAAUUCAUCUGUAGUUAAAGUACAAUGUCAGUUUAUCUUUCUACCCUGAUCACAAUAAUCAACCUGUACCCUAGGUAUGCCAAGGGUUCAGAUCCUGACAACUGGCUCACCAUUGAUCCCAACACAGCUGAGAUCAAACUGAACAAGAUGCCUGACAGAGAAUCUCCAUUUCUGAAAAAUGGGACUUAUAUAGCUAAAGUUCUGUGCAUCAGUGAAGGUACACUUUUCUACUGUAUAUCUUCUGCCUCCCACAUGUUAACCUUUCCUGGUAGCAAUAGUUCAAGAGUGUGAAUUUGGCUUGCCACUUCUGCAGACCACAGUAUUAAUGCCAUAACUACUACAGUGUAAGAGUGACAGAAGAGUGACACUACAAACAAAUUUUGUGUCAUAGAUGCAUUAAAGUCUAACAGCGGUAAUCUGUCUGAAGUUUGGAGAAAGAAAUACUUUUUACUAGAUUAGUGUAGAUUUUAAUGCAAAGUUCACACUUUUUAAGCAGCAAACUUUGUUUUCAAUGUGCAGUGCCUAUGACAUAAACAUGGAUUUUCAACAUUUGCUGCACAGCAGUAAGGGACAAUGAAAAUAGGCUCUUCGCAGCCAAACGUGAGGUUGUUCAAGCCGUAUGACAUCUGUUCUGAGCUGUUUUGUUAUCCCAGAUUGUGAAUUGUGAGUCUGCUACUAUUCCCACUUGCUUAAUAAUGUUCCUGGAGGUUCAACACCACUGCACAGACAGCAUAGUGGUCAUACUCUCUUACAUGUCUGAAAGAAGAAAAUUAGCCUCUUCUUCAAACAGAUAUCUAUCAACAAUGAAUAAACAAACAUGAAAUGCUACAUGGUCUGAUCUCUUGUCUCUUUUUCAAACAGACGAGCCCGGUAAAACAGCCACUGGCACAGUUGCUAUCCAGGUGGAAGAUUUCAAUGACAACUGCCCUACCCUGACUAGUAACAUUCAGACUAUGUGCACCACACAGGAUUCUGUUAUUGUCAAUGCCAAAGAUGAGGAUUUAUUUCCUAAUGGACCUCCUUUUGACUUCAAGAUCAUUCCACAAGACACUGAGGGUAAAUGGCAGGUGGAGCAUCUCAAUGGUAAGGAAACUUUUACACACAAGUAAUUUAUCAAAUGUACGGAUGUGAUAUAAUUUAAUUUAUAAAUAUUAAAAUGUAUUACUUCACACUUUCAUUUUUUCAAGAAAAGUGAAAAUCUAAUGAAGGCUUGAGUCUUCGGUUAAGACAACAUGAUAAAAAAAGGUGUCUAAGGUCGCUUUUACACCAGAGCUGUUUGGUCUGCCUCGUUUCCUCGGAUAGUGCGCUUCGUUUUGGCAGGUGUGAAAGCUCAUCCGAACUCUGGUGCGGACCAAACAAGCGAACUCUGGUCCGCCUGAAAGCGUAGGUCUCGGUUCGCUUGCAAGUGAACCCUGGUUCGGUUCGUAUGCAGUGUGAAAGUUCACCAGACCAAACACAGGACCAAAUGUACGUAAUGACGCUAUAUGCAGUGCAUACCCAGUGCAUCUUGGGUAGAGGAAGCGCGGCGUCCCUUGUUGCUAUGGCAACAAGUGACCGCUGACAUUAGCAGUUGCUAGCUAGCUUAGCUCAAUUGUCUGAACAACAAUAACCCAUAAAUACACAAUUUGGCAUAUUUAAACAAAAUCAAAUCACAACUACCAACAGUCACAGUCCUUAAACUCUGAGCUCAUAUGUUGUCACGUUAAAUCGUCAAAGUUAGAAAAAUAACAGGAUCAAUCCCUGACAAGCUACGAUAGCAUUGUAGGAACAGUUGCGUUCACUAACGUUGUAGCAUUCCAAAAAAUAAUGUGAUGAAGCACAAUACAAGACGGCUAGUCCACCCCUGUUUGUAAUCCGUGAGGUUACAUACCCCUCCUACUUGGUCUAAUCGACGAGCACCCCUUUCAACCAUGUGAUGCUGCUCGGAAAGUUCGGUGCGCUUUAGAAAUCACAGUGUGAAAGCAGAACCGAAACAAGUGAUAAAUGCAACAGUGUUGCGACUUUCAGCUCCCCAAUCGAACCGAGUCCACUUGGUCAGGUGUGAAAGCGACCUAAGAUGUGCAAACGGAUGCAAAAUAAAGUGAAAGUGAAAGAUAAGGUCGCUGUGAUGUUUCAACUAUGCAAGGACAGCAGACAUAUGACAAAUAGAAUGAAAUCAAGGACAAGAAUUACUUGUUUAAAUUGUCUAUAGGCCUGAUCUUGAAGUCAUAUUUAGAAACGGUGAUGAAGAUCCCACAAGACAAGGAUUAAAGACUCUGAAACCCCACCAUUAAGGACCACUUCUGUGUAUCUGCUUGAUGCAUUGUUGGUGCUCCAUUCUUGCAAGAAUUAAAUGUACCUUCAUUAUAUAUCCUGAACUUUGGUGUCUGCCUUUUGUCAUUCAAGAAAAACUUUUCUAACAAUAAACCAAUCUGGUAUUUUUCACAUUCCACACAGACACUGCUGCGAUCCUAAGGGCUCAAGAGACCAUGUGGCCUGGUGUCUUUAAGGUGGCAUUUGAGGUGAGGGAUGAGCAGGGAGAGGCCUGUCCAGAACCACAGAAAGUUGAGAUCCAAGUUUGUACCUGUGAAGAUGGAGUUAUGUGUGGAAAACGGGGGGGUGGAGGUCAGGUCAAAAAGGAGGCAGUGUUCGGACCUGCAGGCAUUGGACUGCUGUUUCUCGGCCUGCUGAUGUUACUACGUAAGUAUGUUGCAAUGUUAAUCAGAAUCAGAAUUACUUUAUUGAUCCCAACCUGGGAUAUUAUAGUUUUACUGUAGCUUUUUCCUAGUGAGCCAAAACAAUAUAGAAAUAUAAGAAGACACACAUCAAGAAAUUACCGUAAUAAAAAUUAUAAAAAUAUGGCAGUAUUUCCAAUUCGCGUUUUUCCCAAAAACUUUUUAUACAUUAAAUACAGAAUAAAAAACUAUUGGGCUUUACAACUGAAAUUUGAAAAGAGCAGUGGUGCCAGUAAAAAUAAAAAUAAGAAUAUGUUGUAAGGACUGAAAGUUUUAUUUAACAGUAUUUACAGGUAAGCGAGCAGAGCAGAGUACGUAUAUAUUAUGAUGAGGAUAACUCAUAAGAGGUGAGCUGUUGUACAGUGUUAUGGCCCUUGGUGGGAAAGAUUUCCUGUAUCUGUCCUUGUGAUAUCUGUGGGUGGUGCAGAGGGUGAUCAGGGUUAUCCAUAAUGGAUAAAAGUUUGUUUUGAGUCCUCCUCUCUGCCAACACUACAAAAAAGUCUAGCUUGCAGCCUAUUACAGAGCAGGCCUUCUUGAUGAGCUUAUCCAGUCUCCUGAUGUCACCAGCUCCAGUGCUGCUCCUCCAGCAGACAACAAAACUGAUAAGAGUACUCACCACAACAGACUGACAUAAGAUCUCCAACAUCUUGCAUCACUCAUUGAAGGACCUCAGCUUUCUCAGAAAGUAGAGUCUGCUCAUCCCCUUCUUGUAUACAGCAUGUGAGUUGGCCUUCCAGUUCAGUUGUUGUCCAUGAUGACACCCAGGUACUUGUAAUCUUCCACCACAGAUACACUGUGUGCACAAUUAUUUGGCAAGUGAAUAUUUUGAUCAUAUCAUUAUUUUUAUGCAUAUUUUCCAACUCCAAGCCGUAUAAACUUGAAUGCUUAUUGGAUAUAAGCAUAUCAGGUAAUGUGUAUUAGUGUAAUGAGGGAGGCUGGGGCCUAAGGAAAUCAACACCCUAUAUCAAGGUGUGCAUAAUUAUUAGGCAGCUUCUUUUCGUCAGGUAAAAUGGGCCAAAAAAAGAGAUUUAAGUGACUCUGAAAAGUCAAAAAUUGUAAAAAGUCUUUCAGAGGGAUGCAGCACUCUUGAAAUUGCUUAGAUAUUUGGGCGCGAUCACAGAACCAGCAAACAUUUUGAUGCAAAUAGUCAACAGGGUCACAAGAAUGUGUUAAGAAAAAAAGACGCAAAUUAACUGCCAAAGAUUUGAGAAGACUCAAACGUAAAGCUACCAGGAACCGCUUAUCCUCCGGUGCUGUCAUAUUCUAGAACUGCAACCUACCUGGAGUGCCCAGAAGUACAAGGUGUUCAGUGCUCAGAGACAUGGCCAAGGUAAGGAAGGCUGAAACCUGACCACCACUGAACAAGACACACAAGUCGAAACGUCAAGACUGGGCCAAGAAAUAUCUGAAGAGAGAUUCUUCAAAGGUUUUAUGGACUGAUGGGAUGAGAGUGACUCUUGACGGACCAGAUGGAUGGACCCGUGGCUGGAUCAGUAAUGGGCACAGAGCUCCACUUCGAAUCAGACACCAGCAAGGUGGAGGCGGGGUACUGGUAUGGGCUGGUAUUAUUAAACAUGAGCUAGCUGGACCUUUCGAGGUUGAAGAUGGACUUAAAAUCAACUCCCAAAUCCAAUGCCAGUUUUGAGAAGACACUUUCUUCAAGCAGUGGUACAGGCAAAAGUCUGCAUCUUUCAAGAAAACCAUGAUUUUUAUGCAGUACAAUGCUCCAUCGCAUGCAACAAAGUACUCCACUAUGUAGCUUGCCAGUAAAGGCCUUAAAAACGAAAGAGUAAUGACGUGGCCUCCUUCACCUGACCUAAACCCUAUUGAGAACUUGUGGGCCCUUCUUAAACGGGAAAUUUACAGUGAAGGAAGACAGUACACCUCUCUGAACAGUGUCUGGAAGGCUUUGGUUACUGCAACACAAAAAGUUGAUCUUCAACAGAUCAAGAAACUGAAAGACUCCAUGAAUGGAAGGCUUAUGACUGUUAUUGAAAAGAAGGGUAGUUACAUUGGUCACUGAUUUUUUUUUUUUUAAAUUUCAACAAUGUUUAUUUGUAAAUUGAAUUGUUUGUUUAUCAUUCUCACUUCAACAAGUGAAAAUAAACAAGUGAGAUGGAAAAUUUUUCAUUUUUAAUUUAGUUGCAUAAUAAUUCUGCACACUAAUAGCUGCCCCCAAUAAUUGUGCACACACAGAUAUUCUCCAUAGGAAGCCAAAAUCUCACUUUUACUCCCUUAAAUAUUAAGGUUUGAGGUUUGUUAACAUUUUGGAUUGACCGAGAGCACUGCAGUUGUUCAAAAAUAAAAUGUAUCCUCAAAAAUACAACUUGCCUAAUAAUUCUGCACACAGUGUAUAUCAUCAACUGGGAUACACAGUGGUGGUGAUGCAUGUUCAGAAUCAGAUGAUUUCUUCUUGCCCACUCCACAAAGUCAUCUACCAGCGCUCUGUAUGCCUCCUCUUUUCCACAUCUUAUACACCCCACCACAGCAGAGUCAUCAGAAAAGUUCUGCAAGUAACAUGACCUGGAAUUGUACUGAAAGUCUGAGGUGUACAAUUUGAAGAGGAAGGGUGACAGCACAGCCCUCUGUGGAUUUCCUGUUCUACUCUCCACUAUUCCAUACUGACCACUGCCUAGUCAGAUGAACUGUGGUCUGUCUGUCAAGUAGUUUGUAAUGCAGGAGAUGAUGGACGAGUCCACACCCAUCAGCUGCAGCUUCACUUCCAGUAGUUGUGACUGGAUGGUGUUUUGGCUUGUUAUUUGGAAAACAGCAUACAGUCCUGGUCGGUAGAGCAAUGUUUUCACAGAAUUUAAUGACUGGCUGUGAGACAGUCAGUCAUACUGUUAAUGUCCUCACCAUGUGUGCAUCCCACUUAGUGAACUCAAAGCAGUCCUAAAGUGCCUCAGUACCCUCCUGAGUCCAUGAGUCCAUCUCCUAACAGUCCUUGUGGUCACAGACUGCCUCAGGACCAGGGGGAUGUACUCCGGUGUCAAUAGAACCAGGUUAUGGUCAGAUAUGCCCAGCAUACAGAAGGUCCAGUGUCCUGUUUCCUUUUGUUGGACAGUCGAUAUAUUGAUGAAAGGUGGGUAGUGGGUUGUCACUGUGUAAAGCAUACGCCCCAGACAGUAAGGAGGAGUACACCACCUCUCAUUCACAUAGGCCCUCAUUAAUCAAGCUUUGAUACGGCAGAAAACUCACGUACGCCUUGCAUGGCGAUGUGAGGAUUGGCAUUUAUCAAUCGGCAGGUGAGCGUACGCUACGACCAAAUCUCACGACAGGUCUGACAUUGUUUACGCAAGUUUGAGCCAGUGUGGAUCUGCGGUGCAGCAAAUGUCUGUCUCAAAAUAAUUGAUAUACAAACCUCAAACCUGUUAUUAAGCACAGUCAGCCAGAUUUUGUUAAAGAUUAAGACGUAAAUAAGAUAAAAUAAAAUAAAUUUGUUAUGUCCUUAGUGAAUAGGCCUACUUGAUAACUCUGCUCAGAAACACUGCCACAGAGCAGGAGUGCUGUUUUAACAUUGCGCACACAUGCACACGCGCCACUGUGGAGCGCUGCGUUUGACUCCUAAAAGGUAGGUAGCUCUGUCUUAGCCCAGCAGCAGGGGCGUUGUUGUACACUCCUGAAAGGGUGUGGGUCAUCAUUUGGGCCAGUACAGUUUUGCACAAUGUUGGUGAAUGGAGUGCCGUUGGCUGUGCCGGUGCAACGUGAGGACCUGAUGCCCAGAGAACAAUAACAAGGAGAGACUCCACAAAGGUGCUGUACAGAGGAGACAGGACCUUAUUGAUGGAUUCUGACAUGUAAAGUAUAAGUUUAGAAAGUGCUCUUGCUAUUUAAUCAGUGAUAAAAGUCCAAUAGAAUUCCAUAAAACUAAAUACUUUCAAUAAUAGGAGCAACGUGCCCUAUGUCAUGGCAAUAAAAAAAUAUGAGGCAUAUAUGAGAUAUUAAUUUAUCGUCAUGAGCAACUUAUUGACUAAUGAUUUAUUCAAACUUCAGCCACUGUCUGCUAUUCCGCGGCAGCGCUAUUCCCCGCGACCGUAAUCCUGCUCCAGACAGAAGUUUUCUGGACUGCUUUUAUACCAGUUUUAAUGCUUCCAAAGAGCAAAUCCUUGUUAGUUUUCACCACAGACACGAGGAUAUCCACUUUCAGCUCUGAAAAGUUUCGAAUCUUUCUCAUAUUUCUCCUCUUUCAUGUUUGACCUCAGUGGGCGAGGCUCCUGAACUACGAAUAUUUAAGGGUGUGACAUGUUAAUGACGAUCGAUUUCAGCCGCCGCAUUUAUCAAGACCCAAUUAUAUGUACGCUGGGAUUGGUCAGAUACAAACCCUUUCAUAAAUCUCAUGUGUGUCCUAUCGUACGAUGAAUCCUGCGCUCAGUUCUACGCAAGAUUGAUAAAUGAGGGCCGUAGAGUGCAAUCCCUCCACCCUUCUUUUUACUUCUCAUAGUAGCAUCCCUGUCAGCCUGAAAACAUCUGAAGCCGGGUACAGCCACGCUGUUAUUCUGGAUGUCCAGGUGCAGCCGUGUCUCCGUGAAGCACAUAACGCUGCACUUGCCACUGGUGCCAAACAAGCUUGUCGAGUUCGUCCGUCUUGUUGCCUAGAGACCUCACAUUUCCCAUUAUCACCGCUGGUAUGGAAGGCUUGUGUUUCCACCUCUUUGCUUUUCUCUUGGCUCCAGCUCUGCAACCCCAGCGCCUCCUCCUCAGUUCAGCUCUGCUCUGCUGCACGCUGAUCGCCGUUACGAAGAGUGUUGAAAGUAGCAGGAAAAAAGCUGAAACAGGUCCAAAAACGAAAGCAGCCAUUGUCGUCUCAGACUGAUAAAUUAUUAUUCCCAAUAGCACAAUGUGAAUAAAUCAUUAAGUAAAACAAAACAAAAAAAAAAGUAAACAAUGUUGAACCUGGGAGCCGCUGCAACAGGUGGCCACCUCACACAGCGCUGGAAGCAGGACACGGUCUAUGUCUGCUGCUGGAGAGUUAUUAGAUUGAAAACUGAAGAUCAUUUCCAGACUGUUAAAAAUGAGAUCAUGUCCUGGGCCCUGUUUUCACCAGGCAUAAAUGUCGGUUUAGGGUGAUAUAAUCACAAGUACACAACUUGCUUUACCAUUACUUCUAUACACUUCUCAGUGCAGCAACACCAUACAACAAGGAAGGCUAUGCAGUUGCUAUCCUUGCAAUUAAGAGUUGAGGACAAGAUGAAAUUGCAUGUAUCAAACAACAAACAAAGUAGGUUGUACUCACUGGUCAGUGCAUGUUUUCUCAAGUUAACAAAAAGCAUGGGGAUCUUCUCAACUACGCCAACAGCAUAAAUAAAUAAUUUGAAGGCAGAGUACAUGUAUUAAAUUGGAAAAUUUGAAACUAUAAAAUAACACAUCACCUCUGACAUAGUUGUUGUUAAUUUGGAAAAAAAUCAAUAGGUGGACUGAGGAUGCCUACAACCUGAUCAGAAUUUAAGUGAAACAGUAACCAUGAGCUGUAAACAAAGCCUGAAAGUCAAAAGGACCACUGUCUUUGCUUAGCUUAUUUCCCCUACAUCCUUAUAGUGCAGUAGAUAACUCAAAAAAUAAUUCAAAUGGUGAUGCAAGUAUAAAACUUGGCAUAAUUACUCUCUGAGGGCCACUCUUUUGGAAAAUGGUGUUAGACACUUGAAAUUUAAGAUGGUAGCCAUUUUUCAAGAUGGAUGCAACCACAGUAGAAAAUUGGUAUGAGAAGUUGUCGAAGAAGAAAAGAAAUAGGAAUGAAUAAGAGCAUACAAGAUAUUGCAAUAUUUAGUAAAAGGUGCAAAAUAUUAGAAAUGAAGCUAUUAACUAAGCGCAGAGUGUUAAGAAAUUGGCUAUGUACAAGUAUCUACAAGUAUGAGAGUUGUACAAAACCAAUUUGUAGUACACAGAGUAUUGCAAAGUUAAACAGACUAUAUAACAGUUAAGCUUAAUUAAAAAUGUCAUAUUCGUAUUGCACUCUUAGAUUAUUAAAGUUUGACCUCUUUUCAAACAGAUUACACAGUUAAAUGUAAUUAUAUGCAGCGGAGGGUUUACGGCUUGAGGACAAGUCCAGGGACAGUCAGUGUGUGAAACUCAAAGGAAGGAGUUAUAAAGUUUGAUGGUCACAGGCAAGAAUGACUUCCUGUGAUGCUCUAUGGUACAUUUAGGAAGAAUGAGUCUAGCACUGGGUGUGCUCCUGUGUUUAACCAGCACGUUAAGGAGCCGGUGGUGGAUGCUGUCCAAGAUUAUAUGUAGCUUUAAAAACAUCCUCCUCUCUGUCACCACCAUCAGAGAAUCCAGCUCUAUCCCACAAUGUCACUCGCCUUGCGGAUGAGUUUGUCAAGUCUGUUGGCUACGUCUGCUACCAUCAGUCUGCUUCCGCAGCACACAAUGGCAAUCAGGAUCACACUGGCCACCACAGACUCAUAGGACACCCUCAGCAUGGUCCUUUAGAUGUAAAAGGACCACAGCCUCCUGAGGAAGUAGAGAUGGCUGAGGCCCUUCUUGUAGACAGCUUCAGAGUUCUUAGACCAGUCCAUUUUGUUAUCCAAGUACACCAUUUGGUAGUUGUAGUCCUCCACAAUGUCCACACUGACCCCUGGAUGUAAACAGGGGUCUAUUGAUCUUUGUUUAAAGGAACUGAUAUUUUUAUUUCAGAUGCAAUUAUUGGUGAUGCAAGCAGGUGGUAGAAGCCUGGUGGCUACAAAAUAUCAAAUGUUUGAUGAUGGAAAACAAUAGAACAGUUGUGAUAGCUACCCAAGUUUCCUUAUACAGAUUUGAGGUGCAUGGUUGUUUCAGACAGUAUAAAUGAUAAAUGAGUGUAAAUGAUUGUAAUCAUGUUGUUUUGAUACGAGGAACAAACAUUACUUUUUUCAGAGGACAGACAAAAGUAGACUAAAUAUAUUUUUUGGAAUAUUCUUACAGUUAUUCCAUUGUUGCUGCUCUUCUGUCAAUGUGGAAAUGCUGCUGGUAUGCCAGGGGCCUUUGCUGAGAUGCCUUUUGACACCAAGUCAAACCUCAUCAACUACCGCACUGAGGGCCAGGGGGAGAACACGGUAAGACCAGCAAAUUGACAUUUUGCAACCUGUACUUUAAGACCAGCAAUGUCAGGAACAGUGUACACUUGAAGCAUGCUUGAAAGUAAACUUAUUGGUAUACUAUUAGUUUUUUUUGGAAGGGAAAGGACAGAAUGAAAAUGUGGGAGACAGAGAGGAGGAUGACAUACAGCACAGGUUCACUGCAGGGGACCACAGUCUCCAACAUGAGGCACUUAACCCGCUCUGCCAUCUGCGCACCCACUCUAAAGCCAAGUUACCUUGUUGCUAUGCUAUUAUUUCAAUAGCAGUACAAUUUAAUAUAUCUAGCUUUUGCACCAUAUCAUUUUAAUACUAUACUCUUAAAGAGUUUACUCUUUAAAAGAUAAGCAGUACAAGCUUAAGUACACUUAAACCUUACGUAAACAUUAUGGAUCAUCUUAUAUUCAGUCCAUGUAGGACUGCAUAUAACAGACGUUGCAGAGUCGAAUAAUCACUUGCUAUUUUACAGAUUCAACUGUAAUCAUUAGUAUUGAAGAGGUGUAGUUGUGCCAUUUUAGAAUAGACAUUUAAAUUAAAUUUAAAAACAUUUAAAUUCUAGUGCAAUAAAUACUCAGAUGAUUAACUUGAGUAAAAGUGUCAAUAACACAAAAUAAAUGCUUUAUUUAGAGAAGAAAUCCUGCAUUUUAAUUAGGGUUGCACAAUAAAUAGUUCACAAAUGUCUGGCAAUUUUCACAGAAAGGUGUAGUAUUUGUUUAUGACAAAGUGUGUGUUAAAAUAAACUUCAUGCAGCAGGGAUGUCAUAUCAUAUGACAUCAUAUAUAAUGGACUUAAUCAUACACAUUCUUUGGGUAUAAAUCCGUCCCAAUAGUCUUACAAUAAUCUCACAAUUAUAACACUAAUGGGGGGGGGGGGCAUGAUGGCCAUUGGUGCAGCCACUCUAAAGUUAACUUUUUGGCAUGCUAUUUUUUCAAUAGUAGUACAUAUUUAUAUAAUUUGCUUGUACUGCUUGUUGUUUGUUGUUUGAAUGGUAUUGUCUUACAGAGUUUACUCUUAUAAGGAUUAGCAGUACAAGCCAUGUAUACUUUAACCUAAGCCACAAAUACAUACCUGAGUAUAUCUUGAUCAAAUGUUUAUGUAUAAGUAUAGGUUAAAUGUAGACUUUGAGUAUAAUUCUUUGUACAAACCAAGCAUAAUUAACAUUAACUUUGUUCAGAAUAUCUCUGAACAGUGCAUUAGAAGUAAACUGAAAGCAUACUUAGUUUAAACACAGUAUAGGCUACUUAUGUACUAAAGUACAUACUUCUUUUUCUGUUAUUCAGCUUCAGACUAUUAAAAAUCAUAUAUUUGUACAAAUUUCAGGAGAAAAGUCCACAAAAUGGACUGACAACAGUUUCUGACUCCAAAGAAUCAGAAGAAAUUACUUUAUGGGUAGAUGCAUUUUUCUGCAGAAAGAAAAACAGCUGAUAUAACGUUAAUAUUUCCCAUCUGCUGACUAUUCUACAGCUUUUCAAUAAAACCCUUUUAGUUGCUUGUUUACCUCUUGGUAUUCAUAUAUGCUAAAUGAUACAGUGGGCUCAGUUACCACAGAACAAUCUAAUAACACAGUUAGAUUAAAUCAAUCAUCAUAGUUUUGUGUUUUCUGCAUUAAAAUUAAGUCACACAUCAGCCAAACGUUAAGGGUGAGAAAAUGUCUAUUUUACAAGAUCUACUUAACAUAAAUUACACAAAAGAUAUCAACUUUACUUUCGGAUCAUUACCUUUCACUGUUCAGCCCCACAAAUAGGAAUGUAUGGUUUUUAAACUGUACAUUGCCAUGCACCACUCUACUAUAAGCGGUGCGUGUUCCCACAAGAUGCAUGCAAUUCUCAGCGGGCAUGUGUUUCUCAGCAGAACACCUGGGGCCUGUUCUAUAAAGCAGGAUUGCUACUUAGCGAGGUAACUUCGAGGGUAAGUUCGGGGUUUCCUGUUCUACGACGCAGGUUCACUUCUUAGCGAGGCGAGUCUCCAUGGCAACAUACGCUGAACGGCUAACCUGCUCUGGGGCAGGUUAAGUUCCAGAUUAAACUCGCGGAGUGUAAAAACCCCGCCCACUGACCAAUGAGCUCUCUCGAAAAAUGGCUUGUCCGUUCUUGGAGGAUCCUAUAGACCUCGGUGCUCGCAUUGUCCGAGGAGCACUCCAGCGCGCAAGACUUUUCAGGGACCGCACGGACCCACUUACUUCUCUGGAUGACCACCUUUAUAAAAGGCUCAUAUGGCCUUCAUAUCACACAAAAAAUGUAAACAUGAUAGGAAUGAACAAAUGAAUGAAUUCAUUGUGGAAAUAAAUGGGCAUGGGCUGCAUGGGCUGCAUGGGCUAUGUGAUCACAGACAACAUCUCGGUACUAUUUAGUAGCAGCGCACGCCCCUUGUAAUAACCCCCGUAAAAACUGUUGUUCAGGACUGCUUACUUCCUACCCACUGUAAUAACCGUUGUUCUAGCCCACAUGCAACAUUUUUGUUCUCAUUCAUGACACGCUUAAAUCAGGGACAGCUUUAGCCGGGGACAGAUCAUCCAAUUCGGGGACUGUCCCUGCAAAUCGGGGACGUCUGGUCACCUUAAUUAAAAGCGCAUUUUGAACAGUGCUAUUUCAGGGUGAUAAUGGCAUCAAAGAUUAAUUUUCUGCCAGCAUUCCCUUUGUGCUUUUGCAGCGGCGACAGUGUUGCAUUUGAGGUUUAUGAUAGAUUUGAAUUCUUCAUACUUUCUCAUGAUCGUCUCCUGCUCCUUGUUUGUAAAGUCCACGGUCCUUUGCUCUCCGGUCUGCUCUGACGCUCCAGACUGGUCCGUGUUCGCGAUUGGUCAGAUGCGGCGGGCUCCGCCUUACAUGCAUGCACACGCUCAUAACAAAGCUGGAUCCACUUACGAGGUUGAUAACCAGCGUGGUAAGACAGUUUAGCGAGACCGUUGGCUACCGCGCUAAGUUGAGCCCCUGAUGAAGUUGAAUACUGGGGUGAUGGUAUCACUUAUUUUUGAGCCACAGACCUUGCAUAUCUUUGUUUUCUUCUCUGUAUCAGCAUCAAAAAUGUAAUCCUUGAACCCAAAUUGUAUUAUUUGUGGUCUAGCUGCCUCCAUGACAGCUCCUCCAGUGUUGAUUUGCAGACCACGGACUAACAGCUGUCCACCUUCCACAUCCAAUAACACACACAGACAAGUGUGAAUCAUUUCUGUAUCUGCUCCAGGGAUCUGCAGCCUGCAAAGCAAAUAGAUCCCAAUCCAUGCACUGUAUCAACAGACAAAAAGCAACACACAAUCUCGGUCAAAAUGAAAAAAGUAGCAAAUUGCUUUUGAAAAAAAGUAAAUGUAAUAUUAUGACUCAAAAUGUGAAAGUAAUUCAUGACACUACUAGUUACUGGAAAAAAAUAUUUUAGUUACAUUUUAGUUACUUGGUUACUUUCACAACACUGGUCAUGAAAUGUACCUUUUGGCUCCAAUCUUGUUAAUGUCUGGAUCAUUGGCCUAUGGCAGGAGGUACCACUGCUCAACAUGCCAACACAAAUAGAUGGAGACAUGGUGAAAAUGGAUAUGAGCUACAAAUCUGCAGCAGUGGCGCCCAUAGCAAGUAUGGACCUUCAGCCGUCGGCUGCUUCCAUUGAUGGGAUGAAUGGAGGUGCCUAUCAUGACAGAUACUCAAGAAAUAGGACAUGGGGGAUGAUGAACGAGGGUCAUGGCAGUGGCUACUAUGCUGAGUACCAGGGCAGAGGAUCAGCAGCAGGGGAAGGACUUUUCGAUGGCAUGGCUCUUCCAGACCACAUCUUGGCACAAUACUACACUCAGGUAAGAAACCAAACAAAUAUAUCUGUUCUUCAAUCUCAGAUACAAAAAAAAAAAAAAAAAAAACUAUUGCAAUGCUUAAAAGAGUUAUGACUCAAAAAGCUCAACUGCCUGUCCUUUGCCACAGUAAAACAAAAGAACUAUUUUACAGAUUCAGCUGUAGUAAUCAUUAGUAUUGAAGAGGUGUAGUUGUCCCAUGUUAAAAUAAAACAUUUAAAUUCUAGUGCAAUAAAUACUUACAUGAUUAACUUGAGUAAAAGUGUCAAUAACACAAAAUAAAUGCUUUAUUUAGAGAAGAAAUCCUGCAUUUUAAUUAGGGCUGCACAAUAAAUAGUUCACAAAUGUCUAUGGCAAUUUUCACAGGAAGGUGUUAUAUUUGUUUAAGACAAAAUGUGUGUUAAAAUACACUUCAUGCAGCAGAGAUGUCAUAUCAUAUGACAUCAUAUAUUACGAACUUAACAAUACAAUUUUUUGGGGUGUAAAUCCCUCCCAAAAGUCUCACAAUAAUCUCACUGUUACGUACCAAAAGAUUUUUUAAGGGGAUGAAAGAAAGUAACACUAGUUGAAAUGGAACCCAGGUUAAAUAACGGCAUCAAGGUAAUUUAUCAAAACAGGAAUAAUGUUUAUUUACAAAGUUUAUGCCGACAAAACCACUAGUAUAAACACAAAGAGUAAGUAAAAUAACAAAGGAAACAGCUAAGGUACUUCAGGUUCCACCACCACUGGAAGCCUGUUCAGCUCAGCCACUGAACCACACCACAGUCACACCCUCAUUUAAACAGGUCCACACAGGAUCACUUACAGAGGAGGGAAUGAGAGAGAGAGCAAGACCACAGCUCUCUCCUCCUUUGUAUAGCCUCCUACUCAUUAGCAGAUCAGCCACACCUGCCACACCUCCACUGCAGCGGAGGAACCUGCAGGGAGAAGCAGCACACCAACACCCAGGGCAUGUAACACUCACAAUAAUAACAUUAAUGUUUUUCAAUUAAUUAUCACUCACUACAAAUCAUAAAUCAUCAAUCAAUUACACUAUCAGUCAAAAUAAUAACAAUUGAAUAUUUAUUCCAAACCAUGCAGUAAUAUUCAAAAUCCUGCAACCAUCUGAAUUUACUAAAGUUAUGAAAGACAAAGUCCUUUCUUGCAGAAAAUCGGAUGGUCACUGAUGUAUUUAAAAAAGUGUUACCAAGUAUAUUACUAAUACUGACAUGCCAAUGCAUAAGCAGCUAUUUAUCAUUGCACAUGCUCAACGUGGAGCAAGUUUGCUUCACUUUGUGGGGUUAUAGAAUAAGUGUUUAGGGAUUUUAAACCAAUGAAAAGAUACUGAGUAUGAUUUUUCAAACGCCUACUGCUCUGGCUUCGUUUUUUUCCUUCCUUUUUUUUCUCUUGUUUAAAUAAGAACUUGAAAAAGGCAUGUUUGUUGUAGGUGUGCUCCUUGUAUAUUAUAUCACAAUGCUGCUAGUAUUAAUAAUCUCCCAAGAAUCUCAUUAUAAUGUACACACAGCAGUAGCGCCCAUGACCCUUUCAAAUAUCUGAGGGAAUUUUCCGGUUUGGGGCACUACCAUUGCAUAAUUCAAAAACUAAAGCUUUAAUUUGUGAUGUAAAGUGAAUACACACCUGCGUUUGUUGAUUCUAUAGUACAGAGAUUUUUGAGUUUCAAUUUGACAAUUUUAUAUUGUGCUUAUGUCAUUUUUUAAAGUCAAAUUACAGCAGUUUAAAGGGUUAACUUGGGCACUUUUAUUUUUUGAACAGAAACUAGCUCGUGGAAAUGAGAGUCUUGGGGUGGAGGACAGUGUUUUGGUCAAUCACCAUGAGGGAAAAGGCUCUCCUGCCGGCUCAGUGGGCUGCUGCAGCUUGUUGGAGUCUGACAACGACCUGCAGUUCCUAGAUGACAUUGGGCUAAAAUUCAAGACCCUGGCUGAGGUAUGUGGAGGCAAGAAGAUCCAAACUGAAGUCAAACAAGUGUUCACUCCUCCCCCUAGUACCUCCAUCAACGCUCAGACAUCGUUGACAAGUUUGGUUACCACCCAGAAGCUGCCACCCCCACCCCAGUCACAGAUGACCAUCCCUAAAACUGAAUGCACCAUGGUCGAGAAGACAGUGAAGGAGAGCACAGUGAAGGAAGGGAUGACUAUAGUAAAGGAAGGGAUGGCAAAUCAAAGCCAGAUGCUCCUUCUGCAGCAGCAACAGCCUGUCUAUUACACCACCACCCCUGUACUGCAGCCAAUGCACUAUGUAGUCCAGCCACAGGUUCAGAAUACUGUGCUGCUGGCUGAGGCACCAGCCACCAACCUGCAGGGCAUGGUGCUGGUAAAUGGAGCUCAGACUGUACCUGCUCAAGGCAUGGUUGUCCAGGGGCAGACUGUGAUGUCAACUGCACAAGGCCAGGGACCAGGCGUGGUGCUGGUGGGGGGGAGUGGAGUGCAGGGGGGGGGGCAGACCAUGAUGGUUGUGGAAGGCAAAGUCCCAGCAGGUUCAGUGAAAGUGCUGAGAGGGAGCCAGACCAAUCUAGUGCAGGGGGGCACAUUGCAAGCAGGGGGGCUCUCAGGACCUCACAGAGUCUUGGGAGGCAAAGUCCCAGCAGGGUCAGUGAAAGUGUUGAAGGGAAGCCAGACCAACCUUGUGCAGGGAGGCACUCUGCAGCUAGGAGGGUUUUCAGGAUCUCAGAACAUCAUGGUGGUUGGAGGGGCAAUGGCUAGUGAAGGGCAGAAGGACUCCUUUGGCUCCCAGGGAGUCAGCACAUCUUCUGGCUCUAAAACCAGCCUGGUAAGUUCAUCUACCACCACAGUAAAGGCAACACCUACCUACAGCAAGGCAGCAGUGAAGGAGAAAUUCACUGAAUUGUGAUGGGGUAAAGAACUCUCUUUAAUGCAGCUUAGCCUCUCAGUUAUUUUAAUGAGAGAUGUGUGUGUUACUUAAAGGGUGGAGGGCGUGCUACAGCAGUUUGUGUAGGAAUGAAGCUACAUGCACCUACAUGUUCAGCUAUCCAUGUCUAUUUCAGCACACCUUACCUGGCUUUUUUAGGCACAUUUUUUUCGUGUUUUUUAACAACUUUUUUUUUGCAUGUAGUAUGUAGAGACAGGAGUUGAUUUUGUUUCAAAAUGUUCAAUAUUUUAAGUAGUUAGUCCUCAGUGGCAAGGUAAUGUUAAGAUUGCAUAAUUGUUUUGAACAAAAGACCAGUGAAAACUUGGAGUUUCAAUUGUAAAUUAAAUAGAGACCUCUUUUAAUCCUAUGCCACAACACUGGUAUUCAUUAGUGGACCCUGUUAGGACCAAUGAUCAAAUGUGAUGCUUUUACCAAUCUAUAUUAUUGGGUAUAGUUUUUCAUUUUCUUGUCCUGUUUGCUUUAUUAUGAAAGGGUUGCUGAGUCAGUCCAAAACUUGAGUCUAUUGCCUCAAUAACUGUUAAGGGGAUUAUAGAAAAUGUAUGCUAAAAAUAAAUAAAUCUGAGUUGGUCUUCCCUCUAACCUCACCUAGAGGUCUUAUACAAGGCUGAAUUAUAUAUGCCCUCCCAAGUGGGUUUUCAAACAGAUGUCAAAGGCUCAGUGGAUGAAAGAGGAAACAGUGAUUAAACUUUGAAGAUGUUUUUCAAUCGGUCAGUCAAAAUGCAGUAACGUUUACUUUAAUUUGGAGGGAAUUUUUACUUACCCAGAUUUAUAAAAAGCUCAGUUUUACAGAACAAACUUUGAUUCGUACUCUGUAUAGUAUUAAUGGAUGCUAGUUGGUAUGUAAUUUUAAGGUUAACGCCAAGUAGAUGAUAAUGUGAUGGUGUAAUGACUUUGAUUCACCUAAGUAAAAAACUUCAAAUAUGAAAUUAUGCUUUAUUUUUACAGAUUUAAACAAGAAUAUUUCGAUAAACCCUUUGAAGUGGAAGUUACUGAAAUUGGAUAUCAAUGCUUACAAUUGGAUUUUUUUUUGCUUGUUUGUGUGCUUGAGUAGUUUAAGCAUUGAGUACAGAGCUUUAUAAUGUCUCUUUCAGGAAAAUCAGAUGAAAAGGUUUUAUCUUGUGCUUUCAUACUUCAAUAAACCCUUUUGUACAGUACACUUUAAAAAGUCUAUGACAUCUGUCUUUGUCUGCAUGAACCAACAACCUUUCGGAUAAUUAAAAUGUGUGACUGUACAAACACACCCUAGAGUCCAAAGAAGCAUGUUUUUUUUCCUCUGACACCUUUGUUAUUCUAUACUGUUGGCCAUUACUGUGUUGGUGUUUGUAAUGUGACUAUCAUAUACCUGUGUAUGUUUAUGUUGCUGUUAAUUGAUACCAGAAUUUGGCAAUAAAAACAGACACUGGAGGAAUGGAGAUAUCAGGAAAGAGCUGGCAUUGGGCAGCAUAAACCUCAACGUAUGAUCUACAUAUCAGAGAGCAUCACUUACCAUAACAAUCAACUACUUAAUCAAUUUUUUGAUUAUGUAUUGCCAAAUCACAACAAUCAUUAUCCCAAGAUGCUUUCCAAAGGAGCAAACCUAGACCAAACUCUUUGUUUGAUGUAUUUCAAAGACCUAACCUCAAGAUGGGAAAAGAUUGAGUCCCAUCUAGAAAUUAGACCUACCCUUAACUAGGGCUGAGCAUUUUUUUUGAUUCUGGGGUAUAAAUCCGUAAUUUUAUUCCCAGCCUUGAGUAUCAAUACAUUAAGUCUCAUCAAAAUCCCCUUUGUUCUGCCCGGCACUGUGCUAGCUGCCCCCCACCCCCACCCUGUUCGCUUUGCAAGAGGAGCGAUUAGGUCAGCCAGCCUCUUUGUUCUACCGGACAGGUUUUCUACAGUAGAUACACGCCUCAAGGUCAACACACAAACACUUUUCAUAGCACAUUUUAGUAAGAACAUGUGAACAGUGGGGAUAACUGGCCAAUUCUACUCGAUUGUGUUUAAGUCCAACCUCUGUCCAGAGCGAUCCCUGCUCAAGAAGAUAAAUGUGAAUUAUACCCGGAAAUGGGCACUUGUUGUUAUGGAGAUCCUAGGAGCUCUGUCAUCGUGAGUCCAGCGCUGUACUACCUUACAUGUGACCUAAAUAAAUGUUAUAUCCAAGAACUGAAUAUUUCUCUGGUUGUCUUUGAGCAGCCAACUAAAGAACAGUUUCCUACAAACCACUGGUGUUGCGAAAAUGGCCCAAAAGUGCAUUUUUGGUUUUCAGCCUAAACACUUUUCUCACCCAAACAACAGGACUUAAACUGAUGUUGUGAUGACGCAGGAAACCACUUGUCUGGGUAAGAGCCAACAUGUCUGUGGUGUUGACAUAUUUCAAUGUAUCUAAGAACUAUGGAUAGCGAUUAGCAAAGCGUGUAAUGCUAACAUUUCAAGAUGGCAUGCAUCUGCAAAGAGUGUCUUCACGUACGGUUUAAUUCAUCACCUGAUAGUCAAACAUCUCAAUCACCAUUCUGAUAAUGAGAAUGCUGCACAGAGCAGGAAAUUCCCCCCCAGACAUGCCCACUCCAUCUGUGGUGAAUGUUGUAGCCAUACACACAAGUGGGUAUUGGGGGAAGUUUAACCUAUUAUCACUUUUAUUCAUGACAUUAAAAGAGAUCAACAUUGCAACUCAAACGUAUACUCAGCUCCCACUUUCGGCUGCCUAAAAGUAGACACACUGGCUCUUCUUCAAGCUUCACCUUACUGCUCACAACACUUGCAGCAACAUGCAGCAACACACUGACUUAAAAACUCACGUUGCAGUUGCAUAAAUUAAUAUUCAUUUAGUAUUUAAUAUUAAUUAAUAUGAAUUAUACAAUUGCAAUGCCCUGAUUUUAGUAAGAUUACUACACAGUCAUAGCCUUAAAUGUUAUGGUACUAAUAACUGGCAUAAUGUGUGUGUGGUGGUAUGGCACAUGCCACCACACGCACCUGUCGGCUCCGUAAAGGAGGGACUGGAAGAUAGAGGGAGAAGGAGAGACUAACAAGGUGUAUUUAGGUGAACGCCCAGUAAUUAGAAGCCCUGCUGCCCCUUACUGUAGAGAGUAUAACUCCUUGUAUAACUCCACACACACACACACACACACACACACACACACACACACACACACACACACACACACACACACACACACACACACACACACACACACACACACAUCACACAAAACUUGCAACUCUGCAGUUUUUGUUGUAAAUGUGGAAAGACAUAAUACUAACUCUUUUAUACAUAGAAACUACAAAAUCAAAGACUGAAACAUCCAAAGAUGGAGACACACAACUAAAUUAGAUUUAAAAGAAAUACAAAGUGCUUUACUACAUGAGACAGAACAAACAAACAUAUAGACAAACAAACUAACAAACAAGCAGACAAACAAAACCGUCAAAAGGAAUUAUAGCUUGGUGUGCCACCUUUUGCUGAACAGCUUGUCACAUAAGCUGUUUUGAGCCAUCAGCAGAAACAGUAGAAUAUGCUUUAUUGUUUCCAAACAAAGUCUAAGAGUAAGUCAUGCAACUUUUAUUGACCUUUUUUUUAGUGUGAUUUUGGAAGGCAAACAAUGACAAACUCUAGGUUUGUUUAAAAUUUGGUUAUAAUUGUCCAAAUGACCCGAGUGUUCAAUGAUGUGAGAGAAGUGAGUGUGACAGGAGGGGCUGAGAGGAGGGAGGAGAAUUAGGGGGCUGACAGGUAAGAGCAGUACAGGGAAGAGCAGAGAGACAGAGCAGCUGAGGAGAAGGCAGGGAGGAUAAUGUGAGGGUUUGUUUGCAUCAAAAGCUGCUUACAUUCCUGUCUGCUUCAGACUGCUUGGAGGAACGUAUCUCAGUGAGCGUGUAGCUACCACCUCAGUCAUGGAGGGGAAAUCAGGCAUCAUUUUACUGCUUCAUCUGUCUCUCAUGGUGAGUAGAGUGGUCCAUUUUUUUGGUAAAAUCUGCAGGUAAAUGAGAAGAAAGUCACAGAAUUAAAGCAAUGCUGAAAUUACAAAAAACAUAUUGUGAAUGCGAAAAAGUAUAGUAUAUAGUAUAUGCGAUAUGAUUUAUUUGCAUAAGUCUUGUAUCUGAAAUAAGACUACACAGUAAAGAAUGGACUAGUACUCAAAUAAAUCAAAUAUGAAUAAAGGUAUCAUCUGCUUUCUCAAGAUCAUUCAUAUAUCUCAGUUUUAAAAUCAUCAUUUAAAAUAGUGCCACACUGCCAUUCUGCCUGUACAUUAUGUUCUCAGCCUCCUUUAGUCCCAUCUAACUUUUCUAGGCCUAAAAACUACUAUAUCGUGUGAGUUUUACACGAAACCCAAGCUGGACAGCUCAUAGAAUCUGGAGUCCAGUCUGACAGACUUGAAAUAUUUGACUGGCUGUCCUAUUGCAUGAAAUUUAAGUCGCUGGUCUUUUGAUGGCCUCCCACCAAAGUCUGGGUUCUUCUUCAUUGAAUCUGCUUCACUCUGAUUUACAAGGGCUCCCCAAUAAAACAUUUAAUGGGACAAAAUAUUUGUUGUUCUGUCAUGACUAGGACCCCAUUGGAUUGUUAGUUUAAAAUUUGUGUUACAUUUCGGGAUUAGUUAUUGACUCAAAGCUGAUGAAAAAAAUAUCAAGAGGGUGUGGCUGUAAAUCAAAACUGGCAUGUGGGGAGUGGGAUAAUUUUGUUAAACUAUUUUAUAACAGAUUUGAUUUAUGUGACCUUUAAGGUUAUUUUCUGUAUACUUUAAUAUUUUUAAUCUUUACUUUAAUCUUUACUCUUAAUGUUUCAUGAUUCAGUAAACCUACAAUAUGCUUGUCUGGGCAAUUACACUUUUUUGCUUUACAAAGGAAAAGAAAUCUAAGCAGGUAUUAAAAAAAGGAAGAAGAGAAAAAGACAGCUGCUUACUCCAGACAGAUCUUUUCCCCAGGGAAACACAUCAUGAGAGUGUGUAAUGGCCCUUGGCAUCUUUAAGUAACCUUAAGUAUCUGUGUAAAGUGUAUCUGGCUGUUAUAAAACUCCAAUCUGAACCCACAUUCUAUAAGGUGAGCAACAUACGGGGAGUCAUUAUGGUAAAUAAAUUUGCAAGAAAGAGCACGACAGACUGCUUUGGGAGGGGCCCCAUGAUGGAUCCAUCACAGGACUGACAUGCCCAGCACUCGGUUUGUGUUGUGAAAAAUGUCAACACUGAAACGUUGUUAAACCCAGACCAUGUUAUUUUGCUACACUUACCAAUUAUUUCCAUUGCUUAAAUCUUAUUAACUACAACUGUUUCUAUUUCCUGCCAGAGAGGGGUGAAAACAAAUGCUGAAUGUAGUCUUGGUUGCCUAAAACCCAGAGGACGUGAGAAGGUAGCAGCAUUUGACAAUAUGUUGAUGAGAACAGGUUGUCCAACUUGAACCCCAUAAUUGAAUGUCAGUCAGAAAAUCUUCUGUAACUGAACCUAUAAAUUAAAAACAGUUAAAACACUAUGGAAUUAAACAAAUUAAUAUUUUAGAGGCAAAAGAGAAAAUAAAAACCAGAGAACUAUUAUUACAGUACUUCAUAGUAUUUAAUUAGAUAAAGGUUAUUGUUACAGUAAAAUAAUGGGUGGUCAGAAAAGGGCUAGCGCUCUGAGCUGUCUUAUCAGAACCAAGUGACCUACACAGGCAUGCAAAAUAGUGGGUGCUCAAGAAAAGUAGAAAAAAGUCAUAAUACAAAAGCUUCACAAAUGUCCCUGCUUGUGUUAGUUAUGUCUACACCCACAUGUCUACACCUACUUUCUUCUCUGAGGACAGCCUAAGGCAAUCCACCAGUAAAUUCAUCAGUGACACUUUGAUGGUUGGCUCUGUCAAGUCUGACAAAAUAUUAAAACUUUAUUGUUCCUUACAAGGUUCUGUAGUUAGUGACUUAGUAACAGCCGCGAUGCGAUAACUGAUAUUUGUGAAAAAAUGGUAAGAGUUGUGGUUACACAACAAACCUUGUGAGACACCUUGGGCUCUAUUUUCGUGUCCGCUGGUGAGGCAGCGGACCCCGCGCAGUGGUAUUUUUGUCUGGCGGAGCCUGGCGUACAGCCAGUUUGGUAUUUUCGUGGACUGAGGCGCACCGAGGUCCGCCAAGCUGGGCGUGGUGGCGUGGCAGAGGUAGGUGUCGACAGAAUCAGCUGCCACAGUGACAUUUUCGUGCUCGAGGGUGGUGUAUAAAGUGCGCUGAAAGCUUGCCGAUUCAAACCUGGUCAGCUUUCAGUGCAGGCGGAGCACAGCUGGUCUAGUGGUAUUUUGGUAGACCGGUGGCGUAUCGGCAACUUUAUGUGAGUGUCCAUCUGUGCUCAUAUGAGAGAGUGUGAAGGACACGCUCUGCAUCGUUUACAGCGACACUUGUUGAGGGGCUGCCUCCUGUCGCCAUCGUGUGGCAUUACUGUCUUCAGACAUCUCUUGAUCUCUUUGCCUACUUCACGAUAAUAGUAAUACGCCUCACCAGUGGCGGAUUUAAAGGUGAAGAGAGGACCUGAUGUUAUUGGUCAAUACAGGUUUCGGCUGUGUUAAACCCACUCCAUGCCCUCUCAACUCCUUCGCUACGACUUACGCCGCUGGGAGGAGCUGAGGUAAGGAGGGGGUCAUUAAAUUAUACAGAGCAAUUGUGAUAAAACAUUCAUGGUGAAUGUAGAAAAAUAUAUGUCAGAAAAGAUGGACAAAAAUUAACACUUUAUCGAUAAAACAUCUAUCACUAUUAACAACCAGUCUAAUUUUCUUUUAUUUUUUCCUUUUAACUGAAUAUUUUAACAUUUUGGUAUUGAUAAAAUUGUGCAAUUAUUGUGGCUUUUUUUUUUGGUUUACAAGACAUAAUAGGUGUAUUUGCACAAGUAUCAGUAUCAGAUCAGUAUUGCCGAUACUAGCCUUAAUUUUACUUUGUAUCGGAUCGGAAAGGAAAUCUGUGGAAUUAAUUUGGAAUUUAACAUCACAACUGUAAGUUUCUUACUGACAUAAAACAUUUAUUACAUGUACACAAGCUGCUUUAAGGCGACAUAAAUUAUGCAUAAAUGCAUUACAUACAAUCCUGAUGUUGGACAUUGAUGCAUUUUGGACAUUUCCAACCAAACAUGCUAAAGUCGCUAAAAUAAGUCACUGGAAUAACAUGAAGAAGUCCUUAAAUUUUUAAAUGAAGAGCAGCUGUGUCCAAGAUUACACACCACUCACUACAAAGCACUGCAUGGUGACUAUACCGUUAUCUGGUGCUGUCUAAAUCAUGAGUGAGAAUUAUUACACCCUAUCAAGUGGACUCAUUGUACAGCACAAUGCAGUGUAAAAAGUAUUGUUCAACUGCAAGUCACUAAUCAAAAUUAAUGCAUAAAGGGAAAAUGGUACAGAGGGGCUACCAGCACUCUGUCUGAUGAUAAUUUAGAUUGUUCUCCUAAUUAAAGGAAUUACAAUUAAUGACAGGGUAAAUAUUUUAUAGUAUUUUUACAGAAUAAAGCUGUUUUAUGAGGAGCAGAGGUCAUUUCAGACAAGGCCAUUUUAGUUUUUCCGGCAUGGUAAAUAGACUUGUGAGAAGCCCUCCUCUUGCUCUUCUAACGUCCGUCCUUGUGGGCUCUGUGGUAAAGUGUUUGAUAUUAUUGGCCACUGGGUUACUAAAAUGGUUAACCUCCCCCUCUUCACUGGUGUGUUUCCCAGUGUUUUUAAACGUGCCAUAGUAGAGCGUCUACUCAGACAGGCUCAAAUCUGACUGGCCUAAAUAAUUUCAGGCCUAUCUCCAAGCUCCCGUUCUUGUCCAAGAUCUUGGAGAAGGUGGUCUCAAAACAGUUUUCAUUUUUUUCUGGAUCAAAAUAACAUCCAUGAGACAUUUCAGUCCAGGUGCCUCAAGCAUCACUCUAUGGAAACGGCUUUACGUAAAGUGUCCAGUGACAUUGGCCCUCAUUUAUCAAGAGUUCAUACGGUAGAAAACUUACGUACACCUUGCGUACGUAAGUUGCGACGUGAGGAUUUAAUCAGUGAUAAAAAUCCAAUAGAAAUCCAUAAAAAUGUGCCUCAGGGGCAGCAACACACUGUUUGGUGACGUUAAUAAUUAUUUUUGUUCAUCCUCUGUCAGACUCUCCAGUCUGCUCUACAUUACAAAUUAAAACUAAAUACUUUCAAUAAACACAUGGCCAUAAAAAACAUUAGGGUUGUAUGAGAUAUAAAUUUAUCAUCAUGAGCAACUUAUUGACUAAUGAUUUAUUCAAACUUCAGCCACUGUCAACUAUUCUGUAGCAGCGCUGUUCACCGCCACCAUAAUCUUGCUCCAGACAGGAGUUUUCUGGACUGCUUUUAUACCAAUUUUGAUACUUCCAAAGAGCAAAUCCUUGUUAGUUUCUACCACAGACGCGAGGAUAUCCACUUUCAGCUCUGAAAAGUUUCGAAUCUUUUUAAUAUUUCUCCUCUUUCAUGUUUGACCUCAGUGGGCGAGGCUUCUGAACCACGAAUAUUUAAGGGCGUUACAUGUUAAUGACGAUCGAUGUCAGCCGCCGCAUUUAUCAAGACCCAAUCAUACGUACACUGGGAUUGGUCAGAUACGAACCCUUUCAUAAAUCUCAUGUGUGUCCUAUCGUACUAUGAAUCCUGCACUUAGAUCUGCGCUUAGUUCUAUGCAAGAUUGAUAAAUGAGGGGCCAUUAUGAUGUUGGCUGACUCUGGAAAAUGCUCUGUUCUAGUUCGCUUGAAUCUGUUCCCAGCCUUUGACACUGCCGAGCACCUCAUCCUGCCUUGUCUUGUCUGCAAUUAGUGCAGCAUUCUGACCCACGUGAAUAGGAAGACUCACAUAUCCCCUAUUCUUAAAGCUCUACAUUGACUGCAUGUGUCCCUUAGGAUCAAUCUUAAAAUUCUGGUCCUAACAUUUAGAGCCUUGCAUGGUCAAGCUCCAUCUUAGAUCUGCUAUCUGAUCCAGCCUCACACCCCUGUUCAGGCUCUGAGGUCUGUGGAUCAGAAUCUACUGAUGGUUCUGCCCACUUAUUUUUGGACCAAAGGUGACCGAUCUUUCCAGGCUGUUACUCCCAAGCUUUAGAAUGAUCCUCCUCUCUUUCUUUGCUUAAUAGACUCAGUUGACUCCUUUAAAAGCCAACUCAAGGCAUAUUCAUUUGCUCAGGCUUUUAUUUAGUUUUUUUGGGCUGCUAUGAUUUUUAAUGGUGUCUUGGCCUUUUAAAUUUUCAUGUACAUUUUGACUUUUUGUUUAUUUGAAGCACUUUGUGAAUUUUUGUUCGUGAAAGGUGCUAUAUAAAUAAAGUUGACUUACGUACUAAGUAGUAGUAGUUUAUUUGUCCCAUAGGGAAAUUGCAUUGCAACAGAUCACAAAUUUGGCAUCUCAUCAAGAACAGUACAGAUAAAAAAAAAUAAAACAGCAUGUUAACAACUUUCACACGUAAUUAACAGUAAAAAUACACUCACCGGCCACUUUAUUAGGUACACCUGUCCAACUGCUCGUUAACACUUAAUUUCUAAUCAGCCAAUCACAUGGCGGCAACUUAGUGCAUUUAGGCAUGUAGACAUGGUCAAGACAAUCUCCUGCAGUUCAAACCGAGCAUCAGUAUGGGUAAGAAAGGUGAUUUGAGUGACUUUGAACGUGGCAUGGUUGUUGGUGCCAGAAGGGCUGGUCUGAGUAUUUCAGAAACUGCUGAUCUACUGGGAUUUUCACGCACAACCAUCUCUAGGGUUUACAGAGAAUGGUCCGAAAAAGAAAAAAUACCCAGUGAGCGGCAGUUCUGUGGGCGUAAAUGCCUUGUUGAUGCCAGAGGUCAGAGGAGAAUGGCCAGACUGGUUCGAGCUGAUAGAAAGGCAACAGUGACUCAAAUAACCACCCGUUACGACCAAGGUAGGCAGAAGAGCAUCUCUGAACGCACAGUACAUCGAACUUGGAGGCAGAUGGGCUACAGCAGCAGAAGACCACACCGGGUGCCACUCCUUUCAGCUAAGAACAGGAAACUGAGGCUACAAUUUGCACAAGCUCAUCGAAAUUGGACAAUAGAAGAUUGGAAAAACGUUGCCUGGUCUGAUGAGUCUCGAUUUCUGCUGCGACAUUCGGAUGGUAGGGUCAGAAUUUGGCGUCAACAACAUGAAAGCAUGGAUCCAUCCUGCCUUGUAUCAACGGUUCAGGCUGGUGGUGGUGGUGUCAUGGUGUGGGGAAUAUUUUCUUGGCACUCUUUGGGCCCCUUGGUACCAAUUGAGCAUCGUUGCAACGCCACAGCCUACCUGAGUAUUGUUGCUGACCAUGUCCAUCCCUUUAUGACCACAAUGUAGCCAACUUCUGAUGGCUACUUUCAGCAGGAUAAUGCGCCAUGUCAUAAAGCUGGAAUCAUCUCAGACUGGUUUCUUGAACAUGACAAUGAGUUCACUGUACUCAAAUGGCCUCCACAGUCACCAGAUCUCAAUCCAAUAGAGCAUCUUUGGGAUGUGGUGGAACGGGAGAUUCGCAUCAUGGAUGUGCAGCCGACAAAUCUGCGGCAACUGUGUGAUGCCGUCAUGUCAAUAUGGACCAAGCUCUCUGAGGAAUGCUUCCAGCACCUUGUUGAAUCUAUGCCACGAAGAAUUGAGGCAGUUCUGAAGGCAAAAGGGGGUCCAACCCGUUACUAGCAUGGUGUACCUAAUAAAGUGGCCGGUGAGUGUAGGUAACAACAUCAUAAUCACACUUCCUAAGUCUCAACUUUAACCUGAUUAGACCAGCUGAGCAGGCUGUAGGUGACUAACUGGCUAUUUGGUAUAAAGGCAUUUAAUGGCCUGCGGCACAAAGGAAAAUUUCCUCUGUUUUUAGUAAACAGUGGGGGGCGAUAUCGUCGCCCAGAAGGCAGGAGGUUAAAAGAGUGGGCAAGGGGGUUCCUUUGGUCACCUAUAAUGUUCCUUUUUCCUUUUUUCCUGUCCUGUCUCUGUAGAUGUCUUCCAUACAUGGCAGAGUAGUGCCCAGUAACUUACAGGAUAUGGAUAUAAUUAUUUCUAACCCUCUUUUUUCUGUACCUCUGUGGCAUUGCCGAACCAGCAGGUAAUACAAAAAGAAAGAAUGCUUUCGAUAAAAGCGCAGUAAAACAUUUGGAGCAUUCUCCUUUCAACAUUAAAAGACAGAAAUUUCUUUAAGUGGAACAUUCUUUGUUGAGACUUGGUACAGAUUUGAUCUGUCCACUUCUCCAACAUAAGCUUACAGUCAAGCACGAAGUAUUUAAACUCUGAGACUUGUUGAAUUGGCUUUCCCUUGAUUAAAGUUACUGUAUUGGGGGCUUCCUCUUUUCUAAAAUCUUUACACAUUUCCUUGGUUUUUGAAGGAUUGAGGAGAAGGUUUGACUUAUCACACCAGUUAGUAAAGUAUUCAAGGACUGGACCAUGCUCCUUUUCCUCAUCAUAUAAAAGACUGACCAGGGGUCUCAUUUAUAAAGCUUGCUUAAGCACAAAACCUGUCUUGGAAGGGCGUACGCCACUUCUUAUGCAAGAGUUGGGCUCUAUAAAAAAAAAAAACUAGCCUAGGAAUGUGUGCAACUUUAAGCAAACUCCACACCUAGCUUACGCACUUUUUGGAGACGAUUGGAGCAAGGUGAGAACAAUUGGUUAAUGGAGAGCGCGCGUAGAAAAAGCCAUACAGUGACAGUCGUGUGCAAUGCAGCACAAUGGAUGCACUUGCGCUUCUCGAAGACCAUGCCAAUGGACGGAUCCGGCUGGAGAGGGUGUUCCAAGAUCGGGAAGAUUUCCUGGUUUAUGAUGAUGAAUGGCUAAAAAGCCAUUUUAGACUCCCUAGAGCCAUGCUCUUGGAUCUAAUUGCUGAAUUAAGUUCAAUUUUCGAGCACCCAACACACUGGAACCGCGCCAUACCAGCACACGUUAAGGUGCUGACAACAGUUGGUUUCUUGGCAACGGGCUCGUUCCAGAGGGAAUUGUCGGACAGGUACUUAUUAUGACAGUUAUAUCACAAUAUAGGCGUAAUUUAAAUGUACAGAUUCACGAAAUAUAAAUUAAUAAUAAAUUCUGUGCUAACAGGUCUGGGAUCUCGCAGCCAUCCCUCAGUGCCGCACUGCCAGCUGUUUUGGAUGGGAUCAUCGAAAUGACCAGUCGCUACAUCAGGUUUCCCUACACUGUUGUUGAACAAGCCAACAGCAAAAGGCAAUUUGCAGCAAUGUCCGAUUUCCCUACUGUAAUCGGCGCAAUUGACUGCACCCACAUUGCUAUAAGAGCCCCCAGCGAGAUUGAAUAUGUUUAUGUAAACCGAAAAGGUGUGCACACCAUAAAUGUCCAAAUAAUUUGUGACUCCUCAAUGGUGCUCACAAAUGUAGUGGCACGGUGGCCUGGCUCAACACACGAGUCAUUCAUUUUGGCGCACAGCGGUGUAGGGAACAGACUACAGGCAGGUGCUGCUCUUUAUGACUGGCUCCUUGGUAAGUAUUACACUAACACCAUAGCAUUCCCACACAACUUUAUUUGCUGUGUCGGGGAAAUUCUUCUCUACAUUUGACCCAGUCUGUUGCUGCCACUUGAACAGCAUUACUGAGUUGCGCUCUUGGAAUGCAAUUGGAUCCCACUUGUUAAUAACUCUGGUUAUACCUCGCAGGUGACAGCGGCUACCCACUGAGGCGGUGGCUCCUCACACCAUUUCCAAACCCGCAGAGCGCAGGGGAAGUGCGCUUUAACGUUGUGCACGGCCGUGCGCGCUCUGUUGUGCAGAGCGCCAUUGGUUUAUUGAAGAGUAAGUGGGUGCUAAAAUGCCUUGGGGGACAGGCUACUCUACCACCCCAGAAAGGUGUGUAAAAUCAUACAGGCGUGUGGGGUGCUGCACAACUUGGCAGUGAGGAACGCCAUCCCCCUCCCACCUGACCCCCCACCCCCCCGCCGCCACACGUGGACCCCGACCCACAGACACCUCCCCGGCAUGACGAACAUCAGCAUGGAGCAAGGCUACGUGAGGAAGUGAUGCGGCGUGUGUAAAAAAGCAAGUGCAAGUGCGUUUCACUUUUUCACCAACUCUUACUGCGUCCAUUGCCGCCAACAUUAUGUCACACAUGUUCUGCAAGACUGUGCAUAUUUGUGCCAGUUCCUCCCUCACUUCUCGGAUGGCUCCGAUAGUGUCCCUCUGUGUCUGCAGGACAGUCUCUGUGAGGACCCGGCCGCCUCGGGCCUGCAGCCAGUGUGCCAGACAUGCUGGGAAGCACCUCCUCUUCCUCCACCUCCUCUCCCACUGCUUCCAACUGCAAAGUGACUGAGGACACAAUGCACAUUAUUUCUUGCCACGUGUCUGUACAAACAUUUGAUCCGAUAAACGGGUAAAAUUGUAACUUACCACUCUCCUCAGUCUGUGCAAAAUCUGUGUCCCCCUCCCUCUCACAAUGCCACACACACUGGCCCUUCCAAUAACGGAGGCAAUUUUGCAGUGAAGUGGUGUUGUUAACUCUGUGGUCUGGCCGCCACCUGUGUGUAAAAUUUGUAGACUUUCUGCUCAGUCAAAUGUUGCAAGGUGCUGGCAAUAUCACAGAAAAGGAACCUUGCGAGCAUGAUUCAGAAGUUACUUCUCAUUCAACAUUUUCGUUUCAGGAUUUAGCAUUUAAUUUGAAAUGUAACAAAUAGUUUCCACGUUAAAUAUUUUGACUUCGACAAUUUCAGUUUUUUUUUAGAAUUUACAAAUGUGCAAAAAACAAAUUCCAUCAGGCUCAUUUAUAUGUAAAUCACAUUCAUGAGGUUAUUUGCAUGACCAUACGUGGUGAAUUGUGGGUGUGGAGAGGGCAGGGCAUGAAUCAAAUCCCUGCUGCGCAACUUUCCGGCUGGUCUGUGAUUUAUAAAGGGAAAGUGCGUGCAGGUGUGCGUAAGCAGUGUUUUAUAAAUCAGAUUUUUUGGGGGCGUACGCACUUUUCAGCUUUUCGACUUACGUACACUUUUAGUAUGGAUCCUACGCCAGGUUUUAUAAAUGAGGCCCCAGGGCAGUAUCAACUGCAUACUUCAUAAAAAAUCUAUUUUGAAAGGUGCUAGAACAUGAACUAGUAUAUAGAAUAAAUAAAAGAGGCGACAAGACACAUCCCUGAGGGGAGCCAGUAAAAGUGAUCGCUUUUUCAGACAGUGAUGCUCCUACUUUGACCUGCUGGAUUCUACCACUGAGAAAAUCCACAAUCCAAGCAAUCAGGUCAGCUUCAAGUGCAAAUUCGCUCGAUAAUACAUUUGCUAACAUUUUGGGCCUGAUUGUAUUAAAAGUGGAUGAAAAAUCAGCAAAUAAAAUCUUAACAUGAGCCUUAGGCUUCUCAAGGUGACUAUAAAUUAAGUGUAAAAGAGUUGCGAUGGCGUCAUCCACCCCUCUGGAUGUUUGAUAAGCAAAUUGCAGGGGGUCUAAGAGAUGCUGUGUUUUGGUCAAGAUAAAUUUCUUUACAAGGCGCUCAAAACAUUGAGGGUGAAGGAUGGUUUCUCCCUACUCUUGUGUGGUAUACAUGUCAUCUUUUUAACUCCCUGCCAAGCCUCUCUGGAGUUACUAGAGGUCAGGGAGGCCUCUAACUUCAAUUUAUAAUUGUGUUUGUCCACAUGCACCUGUCUCUUAAUUUCUCUUUUUAGUUCCUUCCUUGUGUGCUCAUCCUGAUCUCUAUAAGCUUUCCUUUUCUGAAUAGUAAGUUUCUUUAGUAUUCUGGUAAACCAUGGCUUACCAUUUGGAUAAACUUUGAAUGUCCUAUUUGGCAACACAGAAUCAACACAAAAAUUGAUGUAGCCGGACACUGCCUCGACCUGAUCAUUAAUAUCAGUUGUCUCAAAGACUUCCCAUAAAGUACAAUCAAAACAGCCCUGCAAUGCCGUGGUGCUUUCAUUGUCCCACACUGUAACAGGGGCGGAGAUAAACCACAUUAUGGUCAGAUGCUCCAAGUGGAGGGAGUGGAGUUGCUGUGUAUGCGUUCUUAACAGUUCCAAAACAUAUGUCCGGUGUCUUUUUCUUUCUUGUGUGACAGUCCACAUAUUGAUAGUAGGUGCGCAGGGACUUUUUGGCAGGACAGUUAUUAAAGUCACCAAGGAUCAACUUAGGCGCAUCAGGGGAGAGUGCCUCAAGUUUUUCGGAAAUGUUAAAAAUAAUUCCAUUGACUUUAUUAAAAUCAGCCUUUCGGUGUAUGUACACCAGGGUAAAAAAGAUCUGAGGAAACUCUCUUGGCAAAUAAUAUGGUCGGAGUGAGACACACAGCAGUUCUAUGUCGGGGGUGCACAGUUUCUCUCUCAUCUUGACAACCCGGCACCAUUCAUCUCUUACGAGAAGACAGACUCCGCCCCCUUGUGUCUCCUCGGUGACGUUCGGGUCUCGGUUGGCUCGGAAUGCCGAGAAGCCUGCUGGCUCCACUGCGCUUGAUGGAGUGCUACUGUCAAACCAUGUCUCAGUGACCGCUAAGACACAGGCACUCCGAUGCUCAUGGACGUAGCGAACGUUGGCAACCAGCUCAUCUGUUUUAGCUCUUAGAGACUGCGCGUUGAUCAGCAGCGUGACAGGCAGUGGAAGUUUAUUUUUCAGCUUUUUUAGCCGUUGAUGGAUGCCACUUUUGCAUCCACGUUUUCGCUUCAUUUGCCGUGUUUUUUCGAUUGUUGCUGCUGCAGUUGUAGUUUUAAGGCAUUCUGGGAUCAGUUCAGUGACAGCUGAAGGAGCCACAGGUGCGUGAUUGCGUAACGGCAAGAGGGUCUCCCUGCUGUAGUAGUGGAUAUCAAGGGCAGCGCCGCCAGCAGCAUUGUCGUUGAAUUCUUGAAUGAAAUAAAUGUUUAAAAGUCCCCAGAACAAACAGAUCGUCCACCAUAGUGCAGGAUCCAUAGUUGCUGUUUAGUUCCAGGGCGUGCAAAGCAAAAGGAACUCACAUAUCCACGCAAACAGAUGCACAAAGAAACUACGAAAUGCCAACGUGAGACACUGCAGGGCAGCCACAGAGCAGCCCCCGGAUGUGGGCGCUGCUCUGUACCUACUUCCGGGGCCCCACUAUGUGUAUACCACACUUUCUUAAGACUUCUGACUAUGCAAAGCUCUUUUACAUCACAUCAUAUUCGCCCAUUGACACCACAUUCACACACUCAUGGCAGAGGCGGUUAUGUAGAGUUGAUCAGUUUUUGGCUAAUUCCAUCUCCACACCACUGGACACAGCUAGUGGGGUGUGUCAAGUGUCUUUCCGAAACUUUGGCAUGUGGACAGCCCUGGGAUCAAACUCCCGACUUCCCGAUUGGAAGACGACCAAACCUAUCACAGAGCCAUAGCCGCCCUUUACCAAGAGCUAUCUGAUGAUCCUGCCAGUAGCAUAUGUUGAGAAUAAUGCAUGGAAGUUGCAUACGGUGGGUACAGUAAAACUGGAUUAUUAAAUCAGUUAUGGUUAUGGUUCCUUGAGACCACAAUCAACAAGACAGAUAAAGGUGUUGUGGCACAGAAUAUAGGUUUUCAGUACUGAAAAUCUUAUAUGUUUAUUUCUAUUAUUAGUAAAAAUAUUCUUAUUGUAUUGUCACCACAAAAAUAUAUGUGAAUUUUUUAUUGAGUCCUUGAACUUUAAAAUGUGUGACAUGUAAUGACAUCAUCAUUCAGCAUCAAGCAAAACGUCCAGCAGCCCAUUGUGCUCAUUGCUGAGCUCUCUAUAUUAAAUCCAGUACAUCUAACCUGCUAUUUAGGGGGCAGUUAAAGAGUCAGUAAUUCAGACACAACUCUGGUAGUAGAAUAGUGCAUGUGAGUGUGUGCAUGAGUGAUGGAUUGAACAUUAUAAACCCCUCUUUAUUUAGGUUAAUCUCAUGUUGAUGUUUUAAUAUAUCUACAAAUCAUCCUCAGGACUUAGGCUGAAUAACAUAUAAUUUACUGCCAAAAAGCCUGUACUUUUAACCUUGCGUCAAUAACAUGGUAGCCAGCUAACAUGCUAACAGAGUGAACAGCAUGAACACAAACUAUUGCUCAGUAGAUUUGGGACAUGCAGCUACAGCUCUCAUCGUGGCCUGGGGGUGAACAGGUGUUGGAAUAGCUUAAAACAUGUGACUACAGAAUGAAUGACCUCUCACUGCUAGCACUGAUCAAAGCUUCUGGUUUGAACCAGGGGGAAAGUCUGAUUUGACUCACCACACCCAGAUGAUAUAUCCCCAAAGCAAAAAAAAGUAACUACAUCUGAGAGAGAAUAGCUGGUGGUGAUGGGUCCAAACUUGAACCUCUGUGAAAGUCUGCGGGAUAAAAUUACUGUCACCACCUACAGCUAAAUUGGGAUGAAGCUGUCUUGCUCUGUCUCAGUGGAAGGGACUUUUAAACAUGAUUUAUUGCCAAGCAACAUAGGUGACAGCAGCUAAAACUGCUUAGUGUGUGUUUAUAUGUAAUCAACCUGACAUUCCUGCAUUUCAGAUGGCGAAUGCUGCCAUAUUUACUCCUCUAACCACAUCUUGAAACCAACAGUGUCUCAGCUGCUCCUUGUUAGCAUAACAUUAGCCUCAGCUGCAGGUCAUAUUCUGCUGCAAAUGUGUCAAGGCCAACAUGAAUGGUUUUUAAAUGUCUUAGGGGUCUUGGACCUUCUUAUCUUUCAGAAUUGCUUUUACAAUAUGAACUCUCACGGACCCUGAGAUCCUCUGGCACUGGCCUUUUAAUAGUCCCCAAAGUUAGAACACGAACUUACAGUGAGGCAUCUUUCCAGCACUAUGGCCCCCGUCUUUGGAAUAGCCUGCCAGAGGACCUUAGGGCAGCAAAGAAUAUUCAUAUUUUUAAGAGCAGGCUCAAGACCCACCUAUUUAAUUUGGCUUUUAACUAAUGUCUUAUUUUUAAUCUAUAUUUUUAUCCUAUUUUUAUCGUAUUUUAGUUCAUUUAUAUAUUUUAGUCCUCAUUUUACAUGUUAUGUUUAUUCUAUUUAUUCACUUAUUUUUUAAUUAUAUUUUAGCUAUUUAUCAGUAUUUUAUAAUUUUAUCUAGUUUGAUGUUUUUAGCUGAUUUAGUCUAUGUUUUUAUUGCAAUUCUCCAGUGUUUCCUCAGUAGGGGGCCCACCUGCACUGGAGGCUGUGACUGGCUCUGUCUAGGGCAGGGGUCUCAAACUCAAUUUACCCGGGGGCCGCUGGACGUAGAUUCUGGGUGAGGCUGGGCCGCACCAGGUUUUUCACAAGAAAAGCGCUUACAAAAACAUUCCAUUGUUAUCAAAUGUCACUGUGCACUGCAACUUUCUCUGUGCAAAUAAGACACGUCGGGAUGCCCCUGUGCUCAACAAAGAAAUAUUGCACUUCCCACUUCUCCUGAAAUUGUCUGUGCUCAUCACCAACCUUUCUCUUCACAGCAGGCUUUGAAAAAGACAUGUUUGGGGCUUUUGUAAUAUAAUUGAUUCCACUUGAUGUCACUGUCACGUUAAAGUUUCAGUUUCGGUGUUUAACCGAUGCGUCAUUUCCGCUUUUUUUCUGUCCCGCUGAGUAACAACUUUCGGGUUCCGACUGAGCGCGAAGCGCGUGAAGCGGGAGCGGCCGCGACAUUACACACGUGCAGCAUCCCAUCAAAGUGCCCUUGCUCCUCGAGCUGUUUUUCCAGAACAAUCAUGGAUAUGCCGCUAUGUUUUCCUGGCUGUACGAAACACGUUUGUACACUUUAUCCAAGAAUUAAAGUUGGCUACAGGGCUAUACACACACACACAGAGAGAGACAGACCAGCGCUGUAGACUAGGACUUGUGUAGAUAUACUGAUGCCAUAUGUUUUCACCGUCUGUGCAUAAAAUGAAAAAUAUAAAAUGCACACAAAUAUGCAGAUACUGAAAUAAUGAAAAUUGACCGGUGUAACAGGUGUUGUGCCAAAAAUGAUUGUCUGCCAGAAACAUAUUUCCGGUCGCGGGAGCGCAAAAACGUCAAUUUCUCUGGAUUAAACGGUCAUAAUAUGCAGGGACACACAGCUGUAUUAUACUGUAGUUAUAGCAAAGGCGUAUGUAUUUGAAAGUUUAACGUUUCUUGUUUCGUUAUUAUUACAACUGGCCAAAAGAAGCCAAGUUAGUAGCGAAAUCGGGCAAUGUAAAUACGUGAUACAUGUCUCUGUGCUUGGUAUGUGUCAUGACUGUAUUGGUUGCUUGUCAAUAAACGCGACCGGAACUCAGUUUCUGACAGACAAUCCCCUUUUCGCACAACACCGGAUUCUCUCGUUAUUUCAUGUGUGACUUCAUGCAACGAUCGACAAGAAGGCUCGCGGCUCGUGACUCGCGCAAAAAUAGAACAGACGCCGAAAGGAAGUGGUCGUCGUUCCGCGGCGCUUCCGCAUCCGGUCGCAAUGUCGCGAGCUCGCAAUAAGCCCGGCAGAUGUCCCGCCCCCGAGAGCCAUAUACCCCACCGUGAUUGGUAGGUUUGUCCAGCUCUUCACACAACACUGAAAAGUGUCAAUCAUAUCAAACUCGCGGGCCGCACUAAUAUUAAACUUUCGUAUCAAGGCGGGGGCCACAAACUAAAGUCCCGAGGGCCGCAGUUGGCCCGCGGGCCGCGAACUUGAGACCCCUGGUCUAGGGUUUCUCUGCCUCAUGGUGUGCGCUCAGCUCGGCCAGAUGGUGGUCUGCAGCAGUGCUUGCUGCUGUGGGCCCCUUACUGGCUUGUAGCGGGGUGCACACCCGGGUGGAGGUGUCCUGGCCCUGGGCCGUGAGCAGCAGUGUGUGUGUGUGUGUGUGUGUGUGUGUGUUGGGGUGGGCUCUCGGUGAGGGUUGGGGGGGUGGGGUGGCGGGCUGGAUAUGGGGGGGCUCAUUGUUUUAAAUUGUAAAGCACUUUGUUCUGCAUUUCUUUUUGCCUAAAAAGUGCUAUAUAAAUAAAGUUUGAUUUGAUUUGAUGAAGUCAGUCCAAAGUCAACUUAGGUAAUGUUUUCACUUUGUCGUGAAGUCAUUUGCAUGAAAUACCAAGUCGCAAUAUUUUGAGAAAAUUUGAAUGUUAUUUUAUAUGACCUGAGCUGAGAAAAACAGUUGUUACAUACAGUACAGUUUCUCAAAGUCACAGGAGUUCCCCCAUGAAAGCAGAAACUCUGGCUAAGUGUUCUCUUUUCUCUGUAGCUGUUGGGAGGAGCUGCAGCCAGUGACCCACAACUCAGACGCUACAAGAGGAACUGGGUUGUACCAACACGCAGGCUAAAAGAGAACAUAGACUACACUGAUAAAGGCCAUGUUGCAAGGGUAAGAAGUUCUCAAAUAUCAUUCCUUUCACAGUAUUUUAUCACAGUAGUAAGGGACUCCUGAGUAUUUCUUUACAGCUACCUGGAAAAAAGUUAGAUGCAGUACAAAACAGUGGUCCACAGAAAGGCUUGGGUUUUAAUGCAGUUCUAAAAACUUUGCUGCCCUGUGGUACUAAGUUCUUAGAGCCACAGCUGCAGUUUCACUUCUAUAGAUUCAGUUUUCUGUGCAGGCUAUAUAAUUAAAAAAAUCUGAUCUGAUGUAUGAAGAAAAGGAUGACAAGGACCCACUCAGGCCUGCAUACCAUUCCAGCAGUUAAGAGAGUCAUCCUGCUUUUUGGUGAGGCAUGAAAAAGGAUCAACAGAAACCUGCAUGAUGGGUAAUGCUUGUAUUAAAUUGGCACCAACAGCAGUAAAAUCCACCAGGGACAUAAAAUAUCAUAUAUUUACUGUCAUAUAGUAUUCCUUUUUGCUUCAGGAACAUGAUUUGCGUCCAACUUGUAAAUACACAAACCAUGCCUGGGGACAGAGAAGAGUCGAAAAAAAUUCUACAGCAUCAGCGAGGAUUGACAGAACUAACAAAAUUUCUCAUGAUACAUAGGUAGCAGCCGACACUGUGCACAUCCGUCCACAAGUCGCCAGAUUUGCAUAGCCGUCACACCUGCCAGUGUACCAAAUGGGGCCCAGACCUUCAGGCUGAUAGUCUAAAUAAUUGGUCAGGGGCUGUUAAGGGGCAGACUGUACAGACCAAACACGCCAUAAUUUUAAAUUUAACGGUCAGUGCGAGAUGUCACAGCAGGUGAACAUUGGCCAUCGGUAGCAUUCAGCAGGCGUGAAACAACAGCAGGGAGAGUGGUAAGUUUUAAAUCAACUGCUUUGCUCAACAUAAUACUGACCUUAAAUGUUAUCAGCAUGUAUUUUUCUUUCUUUCUUGGGCCAUCAUUGAAAGUUAUUUUCUGAAUGACAGAUGAUUCUGUGGUUCUAGCGUUGGCUAACGUUAAUGUAAGUAGCAGGUUCGUUAUGAAAAUACUAAAAUACAUCACAAUUCAGUGACAUAACUGCCCUGUUUUCAUCGUAAGAUGACUGCAUGGCUGAAAAUGUAGUUCAAUGGAUCGUCAAUGUUACCAAGCGCUAACUUGUACACUGAUAUGGAAGGCCAUCGGGCUCAAAAACAUGCAAAUUCUAACAUGAACAACAUGUUGACAACAUGUAGAUAAUGCGUAGACAACACAUAAACAACACGUGAACAAGCGCCAUAAGCUGAGAGCCAUAAGUUCUCAUUGGCUCCUGGGCAGUAGGAUUAAAUCAUUUCUGUAAGCCUGGGGGGUUUCAAAACACUAUUUAACAUAAUAAGGAACUUCGUAUUUCUUUGCUUUUUUCUUCCUUUAUCAUGUAGUUCAUAAAAAAAUUAUCAUUUCCCUCCCAGCAAAAAGUGUUUGAAAAGAUGCCUUCGCCAUAUGUCUUAACAAUGUUUAAAUGUGCUUCCUCUGUCCAGCUAACUGUUCGGAACAAUGUAUCUGUAUUUACAUACUUCCAGGAAUCCAGGCUUUAUCAUUUCCCUUGGUUUGGAAAAGCAGACAAGGGAAGAAAAUAAAGCACCUGCCUCACUGCAUCCAGUUAGCCAAGACGUCUUCUCAUACCAGCUCCGUGAAAAAGCCAAGUAUAUCUCCUCCCUCUGUCUUCGGACUGCUGUAUAAUUAAUACAUCCGGUCAGUCAGGUCCAAGCUCCUUCAUUCUCAAUUUCUCCAGCAGUGUUCUCCUCUCAAACGGCAUUGUUUUCAAUCAAUCAAUCAAUCAAAUUUUAUUUAUAUAGCGCCAAUUCACAACAGUCGUCAUCUCAAGACGCUUUUCAAGGAACAAGAGCAGGUCUGGACCGCGCUCAUUGUUUGAUGAUCAAGAACCAACCUAAGAUGGGUUUUGGCCCAUCUCAACUAACAUGAGUAGCAGUGGCGAGGAAAAACUUCCUUUUAACAGGCAGAAACCUUGGGCAGGACCAGACUCAUGCUAGACAGCCACCAUGCCGCUGCUGGGUUGGGGAGGAAUGUAGAGAGAAGAGGGGAGAGGGGGAGAGGACAGGGGGAGGGAGAGAGACAGCAAGAUAGGGGAAAGGCGAGAGAGAAUUAGUACGGAGAGGGAGGGGGAGGGAGAGAGAGUAGGGAACGAGGGUGAGAGAGAGACAGGAGGCAGCAGGAACAACAGCAGCAAUGACAACAGCUCAUGUAAUGGUGAAACAAAAAGACGUUCAGUUUACAGGUUUAGGAUAUGAGUGAUAAUGGACAAUGUUGAAUUAAUUGAGUGUGAUUACAGUUAGCAGGCUUAAUCGUAGUCAAUUCUAUUUUGUAUGUCAAUAAUGACAGUGAGGCUGAUGUUCAUGUCUGCAGUAACAGUAACAGCAACAGUCCAGAGGAAUCAGAGAGAAGAAGGAGCUCAGGGCCGGGGGGGGGGGGGCAGCAAUGGUCCAGAGAAGCCAAAGAGCCAAAGAGAUGGAGGAGCUCAGGGCCCAGGGUGGAUGCAGCUGGGGUCAGGCAGUUCCUCAGCAGACCGUUUGCAGCAUUAGUCCAGUGGCAGCUAAAGGACUCAGAGACACUCAGAGAGACAGAAAACUGGUCAGUGACUUAUAUGGGACAUAAAGAUCUAAAGAGGAGAUAGAGACGGACUCUAGCUCAGUGUGCCAGAUAGCCCCGGCAGUCUAGGCCUAUAGCAGCAUAACUAAGAGCUGGUUCAAAUCAGCCCUGACUAUAGGCUUUAUCAAAGAGGAACGUUUUAAGUCUACUCUUGAAAGUUGAGAGUGUGUCUGCCCCCCGAACCUCGAGCGGUAAAUGAUUCCAGAGAAGAGGUGCCUGGUAGCUGAAAGCUCUUCCUCCAACACUACUUUUAGAGACAUUUGGUACAACGAGCAGACCUGCAGACUGUGAGCGUAACGGUCUAGAUGGAAAGUACGGUAUAACUAGCUCGUCGAGAUAUAAUGGCGCCUGGCAAUUAAGCGCUUUAUAUGUCACAAGGAGGAUUUUAAACUCAAUUCUAUAUUUAAUAGGGAAAGGCUAAAACAGGGGAGAUGUGCUCCCUUCUACUAGUUCUAGUCAAUACCCGAGCUGCUGCAUUUUGGACCAGCUGAAGAGUCCUUAAUGACUUACUAGAGCAGCCUGGUGGAGAGAAUUACAGUAAUCCAGCCUAGAGGUAACAAAGGCAUGGACUAGUUUUUCUGCAUCGCUCUGAGACAAUAUGCGUCUAAUUUUUUAGAUAUUGCGCAGGUGGAAAAAGGCUGUCCUAGAAAUUUGUUGAAUGUGGGAGCUAAAAGAUAAAUCCUGAUCAAAUACAACUCCUAGAUUACGCACAGUGGGGUUGGAUGCCAGGCUGAUACCAUCAAAUGUAGCUAAAUUACUAGAGAACGCCUCUCUAAGGUGUUUAGGACCGAGGACCAGAACUUCAGUUUUGUCUGAGUUGAGCAUUAGAAAGUUAUUGGUCAUCCAGGAUUUUAUAUCUUUGAGGCAGGCUUCUAACCUGGCAACCUGGCCUGCUUCCUCUGGCUUUAUGGAUAGGUAUAGCUGGGUGUCAUCUGCAUAACAGUGGAAAUUAAUCGAAUACUUCCUCAUAAUUUUACCCAGCGGAAUCAUAUACAGGGUGAAGAGGAUUGGACCGAGCACUGACCCUUGCGGCACACCGUAGCAGACUUUGGUGUGUGCAGAGGAUUUAUUAUUUACAUUGACAAACUGGGAUCGAUCUGUUAGGUACGAUUUAAACCAGGAGAGAGCUGAUCCUGCUAUGCCUAUAGAUUGUUCUAGUCUCUGAAGCAGGAUGGAGUGGUCAAUUGUGUCAAAUGCUGCACUAAGAUCUAACAGGACUAGAACAGAGAGAAAACCAUUGUCUGAGGCCAUGAGUAGGUCAUUUGACACCUUUAGCAGAGCAGUCUCUGUGCUGUGAUGGGUUCUAAACCCAGACUGGAAAUCCUCUAAUAAACCAUUGUUAUGGAGAAAAUCACAGAGUUGAUUCGCAACAACUUUCUCUAGGAUUUUAGAAAUAAAAGGAAGGUUGGAUAUUGGUCUAUAGUUAGCUAGGGAGCUUGAGUCUAGAGUAGGUUUUUUAAGGAGAGGCUUAAUCAAUGCAGUCUUGAAAGACUGGGGAACAUAUCCAGUUAAUAAAGACGUGUUAAUCAUUUUGAGCAGGGACGUACUAAUCAAAGGAAGAGUUUCCUUCAGCAAUUUAGAUGGAAUUGGGUCUAAGAGACACGUCGAUGGUUUGGCUGCUAGCACCACUGAUUUUAACUCAGGAAGGUCAAUAGGUACAAAAUUACUAAGGUGCACCAGAGGCCUUAGGGGCUCCUCAACAUUUUUAGGGUUAUUUGAGAGAGAGACACUUGAUGGAGUCAAUAGGUUACUAAUUUUACCUCUUAUUUUUAAGAUUUUAUCAUUGAAGAAGCUCAGGAAGUCAUUGCUGCUAAGGGCUAAUGGGAUACAUGGUUCAGUGGUGCUCUGACAGUCUGUCAGCCUGGCUACAGUGCUGAAGAGAUAUCUGGGGUUAUUCUUAUUUUCCUCAAUAAGAGACGAGUAGUAAGUUGUCCGAGCAUGUCGUAGGGCUUUCUUAUAUUUAUCGAGACAUUCCUGCCAGAGAAAACGAGCUUCAGCUGUUUUGGAGGAGCGCCAAAUCCUUUCACAUUUUCUUAAUAACUGUUUCAGCUCAUGGGUUUCAGCAUUAUACCACGGGGCUAGCCUCUCGCGUGUAAUAGUUUUCUGUCGAAGAGGGGCAACUGAGUCUAGAACUGAUCGCAGUGUGCCUGAGGUAUCAUCAACAAACUGGUCAAGUUGCAAGGGACUGAUGUUUAAAUAUGAGCUAUCAGUAAAGUUUUUCUCAACUACAGAAUUUAGAGCAGACGGAAUUACCUCCUUGAACUUAGUAACAGCAUUUUCAGACAACCUUCUAGUUAGCACGGCUUUGUUGUGAGGAGAGUAACCUGAAAGCACAAAUUCAAAAGUUACUAGACAGUGAUCAGAUAAUAGAGGAUUUAAUGAGCUGACUAACAGGGCAUCAGUUUCGAGGCCAUAAGCCAGGACGAGAUCGAGAGUGUGGUUAAAGCAGUGCGUAGGUCUAUGUACACACUGUGUAAACCCAAUUGAAUCUAGCAAGGACCGAAAAGAAAUGCUUAGGCUAUCAUUUUCCACAUCUAUGUGAAUAUUAAAGUCACCGACGACGAUGACUUUAUCUGCGAGAAGGACUAAUUCGGAUAGGAACUCUGAGAACUCUGACAAAAACUCAGAGUAUGGGCUCGGAGGGCGGUAAACUAUAGCAAAUACCAGUGGUCUCAUGGACUUUGAGGCUGGGUGCGGGAGACUGAGAACGAGACUUUCAAAAGAGUUAUAAUCUAGUUUUGGUCUUGGGUUAAUUCUAAGACUGGAAUUGUAGAUAGCUGCAACUCCACCACCUCGGCCAGAGUCUCGAGGAAUGUGAAAGUUUAGGUGGCUAGGAGGAGUGGAUUCAUUUAAACUUACAUAUUCAUCCUUACGCAGCCAUGUUUCGGUUAGGGAGAGUAAAUCAAUGCGAUGAUCAGAGAUUAGUUCAUUUAUUAACACAGAUUUUGAAUUUAGAGACCUUAUAUUCAGUAGGCCACAUUUUAUCUUACUAGUACUUGGUUCAGCUAUGUUAACAGUCUUAAUUCUAGUAAGGUUCUUGUUAUUUACUCCUUUUUUAAUUGAUCGGUUAGAAUUUGAGAGCCGAGUACGAGGGACAGACACAGUCUCUAUAUUAAAGUGACAGUAGCUAGGAGGCUGCUCUAACAAAAGUACAGAGGAACGUGUAGAGCUGUGGCUAUGCUCCCUGAUUUCUAUGUCAAGCUGAGAGUAGCUUGGAAGCUGCUCUGAAGGGAGUACAGAGGGACGUUUUACACUGUGGCUCUGCUCCCUGAUUUCUAUGUCAAGCUGAGAGUAGCUUGGAAGCUGCUCUGAAGGGAGUACAGAGGGACGUUUUACACUGCGGCUCUGCUCCCUGAUUUCUAAGUCAAGCUGAUUGUAGCUUGGAAGCUGCUGUGAAGGGAGUACAGAAGGGCGUUUUACACUGCGGCUCUGCUCCCUUGUCUCUGUGUAUAAGUGGUAGUGGCUGGGAGGCUGCUCUAAAAGAGGCGCAGGGGGGCGUGUAAGACUGCGGCCCUGCUCCCUGAUCUCUGCUUUGAAUUGUCAGUGGUUCGGAUUAAUAAAAUCGGCCAGAUUUCUGGAUAAACGGGCCGCUCCAUCUCGGGUGGGAUGAAUGCCGUCCCGGCUAAUCAGACCAGGCUUGCCCCAAAAUGACUUCCAAUUAUCAAUGAAGCUCACGCCGUUUUGCGGACACCACCUCGACAGCCAGCGGUUGAAUGAUGAGAUACGGCUACACAUCUCAUCAGUUGUCUGAUCGGGCAGGGGACCAGAGAAAACUACGGAGUCCGACAUGGUCUUGGCAUAUUCACACACCGAUUCCACGUUCAAUUUAGUGACUUCCGACUGGCGGCGUCGGGAGUCAUUUACGCCGACAUGUAUUACAAUCUUACGGAAUUUACGUUUAGCCUUUGCCAGCAGUUUUAAACUACCUUCGAUGUCGCCCGCUCUGGCCCCCGGGAGACACUGAACUAUGGCCGCUGACUUCGCUAAUUUCACAUUUCGGACUACAGAGUCUCCAAUCACAAGAGCGUCAGGCUCAGCAGGUGUGUUGCUGAGAGGGGCAAAUUUGUUUGAAAUGUGAAUGUGGUGGUCUACCGUGGGCUUCUUAGGUCUACUGCUAUGCUUCCCUUUCACAGUGACCCAACCACUACUACAUCCCGGCUGCUCGGGAUUCGCCGGGGGGGAGGCUAAGCUAGGCCGACCCGCACCGGCUACCGAGUCCUGGCUGGCUAUCGCUACACUAGCAUCGGUGCGGAGCCGCUUUUCUAACUCUGUAAUCCUCGUCUCCAGAGCUAAGAAUAAACUACACUUAAAGCAGGUAUCGUUAUCGUCUAAGGAGGACGAGGAGUAACUGAACAUCUGACACACUGAGCAGAAGCGAGCAGGAGAAGCAGGCGACCGGGGGGAAGCCAUCGUUAGCAAGUGUAGCUAAGAGAAGCUAAGCUAGGAGCUAGUAAAGUAAAUGGUCAGAGAGAUCGCCCGGAGUGGAGAUAAAAACGGUGCUUGGUGAAAACUAUCAGAAAUACUUACAGACUUUCUAAACAGACAGAUGUACUGAUAAAUUACAGAUAGAAAAUAAACCAAAACAGCAAGAGAGCGCUUUCAGGAGGAAACGAAACGCUACACACAGUUCAACAGCAAGGAAGGGAAUGAAGCAAUGCGCACGCUCACCAGUCAGGAGGACCUGAGGCCUGGGCUCUCUCGAGGAGAAACACGUGGUCCAGAAAGUUAGAGGAAUUAUAGAUCAGCCAGGACACAUUCUCUUCUCUGACUACUCUCUUAUGUCCUCUAGGUAGCGCUACUAUGCAACCCCAAAGAGAAAAAAAAGGUACUCAAACUUAUUUAUCCCCUCAAUGAUCGGGCAGCUAAAUGCUGGGAAGUAAGGCUGCUAAAUGUUGGGAAGUAGACUGUAGCUGAUAGGUGGCCUGUGCUGAAUUUGGAUUCUCAGGAGGGUUUUAUUUCUUAUUUUACUUAUUUAUAUCUUUAUUUCUUAUUGCAUCUUAGUCAUUUCACUGUUAAAUUUAUUGCACUUGUAUUUAUUAUUUAUUUCUGAUCUUGCUAAUCUGUGGUGCUGACAGGGGAUGUAGGGGUCAUAUGCUGCUAUGAAUGUCUUGCAUUUGUUUGUUCCCUGAUUAUUUACUGGUUCAAUAAGUUGAGGUUACUGUGAAAUAAAUUAGCCUUCAGGGAUUAAUAAAGUGGUAUGAAUCUAAAUCUUGGCUAAAAAAAGGGGAACACCAUUGGUUUCAAUUCAUGCAGGAUCUAUCUUUGGUAAUCUGAGGACGAUUCUACUUUUUAAUCAAACUCCAUAAACAUUUUUAAACAGUUUAAUUCAUAAACAGGUAAAGCUACAGGCUCUAAGAAUUAGUCUCAUAAAUUGAAUUUAGUUCUUGGUACUCUGGUUAUUAGCUGGACUGUAAAAUUGUCAUUGCACCGAAAAGUAAGUCCUCUGUUCAGCUAAAGAUGUGGGAUCAACUUAAUGUAAAAUAUACCUACAGUGAAUUUCCUGCAAUAAGUGAACUGUUGUAUGGGUUGCUGUGAUCAUUCUCAGAUCAGGUCAGACUGGGAUGAAAAACUGAAACUGUACUACUUUCUGCUGGGGCCUGGUGCCAGUGAGAAACCAGAAAAUGUGUUUGUUGUGGAUCAGGAUACUGGACAGAUCUAUGUCCGAGGGAAGUUGGACCGAGAGGAGAAAGAGACUUACAUUGUGAGUACAAAGCUGUACCAAGAUCGUAACCUUUAACUAAACAAUAAUCAAGAAUCAGAGGAAGUCCUGGCUAGUUUUACACCCUGGGCAAGAAUUCAUUGUCACGUUCAAUUAGCUAUACCAAGGCUCGUAAUUUUUUGUCAAAUUCUGUUAUGUCAGAUGAAUCAGGACUACUUGCAUGGAAAUUUUCCUCAGAUCUAACUAAUAAUCCACUUUUCAACAGCAACAUGAUGGCACGAUGGCAUGGAAUGUAGUGAAUAACCUCAUGGUGAUGUGUUUUCUUUUUUCUAUCCUCCAGCUGACAGGAGUGGCCAAAUUUCAUGAUGGCAAUGUUGCUGAGGGCAGAAUAGACCUGAGGUUUGAUGUGGGUGAUGAGAAUGAUAAUGGACCUGUUUUUUUUCCUGUGCCCACAGCCACAGUCAAUGAGUCUAGUCCUGUAGGUAAGGUAUGCAGCUAUCAAGCCUCAAACACUUGAAGUAGACCUAACCAAGAGAGAGAAAUCAGUUGAUAUUUGAUCAAAUCUGUCAUGAAAUCAGCUGUUUGUUUUAAUAAUUCUCUACUGCUAAUGAAAUAAUUAGGGCCACAGGGCAAACGCACUGAGACACUGGCUCCGAUACAGAAGUAUAGGGGCCAGUGUCUCAAAGCACCGAGGCACUAUUGUUAUACUGUGGAUUUUUUCUUAUUCCUCUUCUGGACAAAUUCCAAUUCACUACCAGUCCUACAGCUUGAAGAGUUGAGACUGGGAUCGGUGUGCUAUUACUUUUCUCUAUUGUAUAUAAUACUACUAUGCAACAAGUAUGAAUUAGUUGAAAUCUCUAAAGAAUCUCACCAUCAUGUACACAGCCUCGCAGUAGCCCCAGUGGCCCUUUCAAAAUUUCCCAGAGGGAAUUUUCAAGUUAAGUUUACUAAUCUCUAACUGAAAAACUUUACCAGAGCUUUACUCGCUAGACAGGCAUUACUGAUGUGUUCUUUUAAAGUUCUGAUGUAAAAUAAAUAGAGAUAAUGGUUGUGGACCAACAUAUAAUUGUGGGUUAUCAUAAACUUAAACAUAGGAAUCACUGUAUAGCCCAAAGUUCACACACAGUCUGUGAACUUUAUUUCUUUUCGGUCAUGAGAAACCCCUUUGCAUAACUAGACUUAACAGACAGACUGAUCAGCUACCAACCAGGUAUUAGUCAGCAACCAACCAGACCACUGGAACUCAGAGUAAUCAGCUUGAAUCAACUCUCUUUACUGAAUAAUUUUCAAGUUGAGAAUAUACAAGUAAACUCAUAUUGUCAUUAAUUUAAUAAUAUAUACACUACAGGCCAAAAGUUUCGAAGCAAGGCCAUUACAGGCCGAACAGUUGGGAGUAACUUCAAUUUUUUUUUCACAAUGCUUUUUUUUUAAAUCCAGCAUGAGUUUUAUGUAUUUUGGGAUGUGUUUACUCCAUGAUCAGAUGUUGCUUUUUAUGGAAAUGCACCAUUUUACUCCAUUUACCUUUAGAUAUACAUUGAUGUUAACAGACUAUUGCUAAAUAUAUGUCAGCAAAAGAUAAUAAGGCCUUAGUUUUAGAGUUGAAAACAUUUGCAAGAGUCACAACUUCAGUGCAAAAGCAAAAAAAUAAAAAAUAAAAAUAACAGUUGGAUUAUUCACUUCAAUUUUUUGGCUUUUGAGAGUCUGUAUACCAAAAUCCUAAUAAAUCUCAACUGCGUUCGAACUACCGCAAAAAUGGCUAGAAAGAAGCAACUGAGUAAAGAAACAAAAGUACAGAUUUGUACAUUAAGGAAAGAAGGAUACACAGAAAGAGAAAUUGCAAAACUCCUAAAGGUGUUUAACAAAGGAGUCCACUACACUCUGAAGUGACAAGAGGAACCUGGAAGUUAUGAUGAUAGAAAAAGACCUGGACGAAAGAGAGUUACUACAAAAGCAGAGGAUAAACAUAGCAUUGUCACCAGUAAGAGAGAUCGGCGAAAGACAGCACCACAAAUAAGGGAGGAAAUCAACAUGACAAGGUCGAAACCCAUAACACUGACAACCGUGAAAUGAUGUUUGAGAAAGGCUGGUCUGAAGGGUUGUGUAUCUGCAAAAAAAAACCACUACUUCAUCCACAGAACAAGAAAGAGAGAUAUGAGUGGGCAAAAGCUCACAAAAAUUGGACUUAUGAUGACUAGAAACAAGUUUGCACUGUUUGGUUCAAAACGCAGAGUCUAUGUCUGUAGACAAACUGGUGAACGUUUCAAAGCACCAUGUGUUACACCCACAAUUCAGUAUGGAGGUGGUAGUUCCAUGGUAUGGGGAUGUUUUGCAGGUGAUGGAGUAGGAGAUUUGUUUGACGUAAAGGGUAUCAUGAAGAAGGAACAGUAUCACUCCAUCUUCCAGCACCAUGCUGUUCCAUCUGGACUCAGACUUGUGGCUCACAAGUUUGUUUUUCAGCAAGACAAUGACCCUGAUCACUCUGCCAAGCUCUGUCAGGGUUACCUAGACAAAAAAGAAGAGGAAGGUGUUCUUCAAAAGAUGGUUUGGCCCCCUCAGUCUCCACACCUUUCUCCAAUUGAGCUUGUGCAGGAUGAAUUUGAUCUAUCGGUCAGAAAAAUGCAUCCCACAAAUCAUCAGUCUCUUUUUAAUGAACUUAAGAAAGCUUGGAAUGCAAUCCCUUGAACAUACCUUAAAAAACUUGUGGAACGAAUGCCUGGUAUAUGCCAAGCUGUUGUUAAAGCCAGAGGAGGUUACUUUAAAGAAAGCAAAGUCUAAGCAACAAUAACUCAAAUACCUAAUAAUUAUAGUCAAAAUGUCUUCUGAUAAGUUACUCUUCACACAAUAGCCAUGUUUAUUGUGUUGCAAAUUAUAUAUAUGAAACUAUAGUCUUUUUUUGUACAAAUCUGAUCUUGCUUCCAAACUUGUGGCCUGUAGUGUAUGUCCACAUAAAGCAAAGCAUUUAUUUGGUGUUGUAUUACACUGUUGUCACAAUGGCUCAUAUUAUAGGUCUUCUUUUCUAAAUGUUAGAUUAGUACAGCAGAGAUACUUAUGAAUCUUAGAAGUGGUGGGAUGUAAGGAAAGGGGCCUACACAAUAGACACCCAGUCAAAUUACAAUGGCUGCGUAUUUGCUUGUUAAAGUUGAACAUUCAAUGUAAUGCCUAUUGCUAUAUAGAGUGUCAGUCUAGUUUUUCAAAGACCACACAAAGCUACAAACUUCAGAUCAAAUCAAAAACUGGAUACUAGUUAAACAAUGGCAGCAUCUCAAUUUUUCUCCAGACAUUUUGUUAGAAACCCCAAAAUUGACUAAUUUGUCAAAUGAAUCAAGCUCUCUAUUAAACUGCAUAAUGCACACACACCCACACAUGUGUAACACUAUAGCAAAAUUCACAGUGAAUGAAGUACUGAAUGUUGUCCUCCUUUGCUUUGUGUCCAGGAACUUACGUUGGUAAAGUUAAUGCCACCGAUGCAGAUAAGGCAAAUUGUUCCAACUCAAAGAUCGCCUUCACCAUUGUGAAACAGGAGCCCUGGAAUGGCACUGACUAUUUCUACAUAGACAGAGACACCGGGAACAUCUAUGUCAAUGAAAAAACCUUGGACAGAGAGGUUUGAGAGAAAACUCGAGGGGACACCUUUUGCUUCGAUUCAAAUUAAAUAUACUGUAGAGGGUACCAAAGCAUUUGAAUAUUGAUGUAACUAUUAAACACUCCUAAAUUAUGAAUAUUCUUCUGUCUCUCCUUUGUCCACAGACACAAAGCACAUACAUACUCACAGUUACUGGAAGUGAUAUGGAUGGAGCUCCUGGAGGCCACACGGGCACCGGUACCAUCGAUAUCAAAGUUGUGGACAUCAAUGAUAACGAACCAAUGCUGGAGAAAGAUGAGGUUUCAAUGCUGAGUUUCUAAAGGCUUGUUAAGAAAUGAAAUAGACAGGCCUUGUUAGAGCCUGAUAUGUAGCAAUGACCCCAAAUGUAAUGUUGUAAAAAUAAUAAUAAUAAUAAUUACACAAAAUGUGAUAAUUGGUCAAUAAUUUAACAAAAAUAUUGAGCCCAAAAUGUAAUAAAAAAUGAAUGAAGCAAAAAAUGACAAUGUGACAAAAACUUAAUUAUAUUACAUGUAAUAUAUACAUUUCAAUCAGGAGAGACCUUUGAAGAUCAGAAAUUUUAUUUGACAAUUUUUAGAAUGAUGCUUGACAGAAAAUCUUUGGCAUUUGGACUCAAUGGGGUGAUUUGUGAGAUCGUAGGAUGCUUGAUCUGUGCGGCAGCAGGAAAAUCCCCCCUAGAAGAUAAAGUCUCAGGCCAUGGCUAAAAGAACACUCCCCAAAAGUGCUUACUUACAGGGAUAGUUUUGGAACACCAUAAAAUGAACAAGGAUAGUCACUUGCUUGAAUGAAUGAAUGGGCUAGAAUGAAAUUCGCCCUCACCUCUAACAGGUACUAGGCCAACAAUGUUGAAUUACUAAAAAAAAAAAAAAACAUUAACACAUUUAAACCACCUAAAUAGCACAUAGAUACUUACCUAGAGCUUUUGAGGAUGAUGUGAGAUUGUGAUGAUGCAUAGCUCAGCGGCUAUAAGGAGUGCUGCAUUUGAGAUGAUGCAUAGCUCAGCAGCUAUUGGUAGAGCUGCAUUUGCGAUCAUGAUUGAGCUGGUGGCUAUGAGGAGAGCUGCGUUUGCGAUAAUGCAUAGCUCAGUAGCUAUGAGGAGUGCUGCAUUUGUGAUGAUGCAUAGCUCAGUGGCUAUGAGGAGUACUGCGUUUGCAAUAAUGCAUACCUCAGUGGCUAUGAGGUGAGCUGUGUUUGUGAUGAUGCAUAGCUCGGCGGCUAUGAGAAGUGCUGCGUUUGUGAUGAUUUUUGUUCUUAGACGGUGAGAUGUUUGCGCUGAAUGGGACGUAAGGCCUACCUAGAGAAGGAGCCUACAGCACAGAGGCCAGGGUGUGUAGGGGCAUGGCAGGGGUGAUUGAGGAGGUGGUAGAUUCAUGCAGGGUGGAAGUUGAGGCUUGAGUUUGGUUCCCAAGUUGAUAGGCUGGUGUUGCUGCUGAGGAAGCUGUGAUGUUCUCCAGGAAUUGCAAGCGGUUUUUGAGUUGUUGAACGGAAUUCACCAGAGCCUGAAGAGUGGUAGCAACUGUAUUUUCGGGUUGAAGAGAGGGAUCAGUGUGACCAUUCGUUGACGUGCUGGCAGGAACAUACUUGCGUUUGGCAGGUGGAUCAGAGUGGUUGACUUUACUGGUGCGUUGAACCUAAAAUAAUUACAUUUUGGGUUUUAUUACAUUCUUUAAUAACAUUUCAGGUCAUUGUUACAUAUGUUUUUAAAGAAAGAGACUACAGAUGUCUUUCAGGGAAAAUACAUUAAACUGAGUCUGGAAAUUAAAAUGUCGCCACUGGCCCUGCAGGACCAACGUAGUCAAGUGACAGCGUACACAACAAGUAGACAUUAGAAACAAUGACUCUCAACCUGAAACCUCAUAAAAAUGGAUGUUUUGUUUUUCUGUAGUAUUCAGGCAGUAUUGUGGAGAACACAGCUAAAGUGGAAGUCAUGAGGUUCAAAGCACUGGAUGCAGAUGAGGUGAAAACUGACAAUUGGCUGGCAGUUUUUGAUAUCAUCUCUGGAAAUGAAGAUGGGACGUUCAGCAUAGAGACUGAUCCCAAAACUAAUGAAGGUGUGCUGUUGCUGGAAAAGGUAGGUCUUUUUCUAUGGUUGAUGUAAAUCUGACUGUAGUUAUGUCCUUUAUCAUGUCAUUGUGUUUAAUCAUGAGCCUCGGUUUUCUAUAUCACCUGGGUCUUCAAUUUUUAUUCUGAGGAAAAUUUGGCAAUACUAAGUUGUAUAAGACUCACAAAAGUAAAGCUUCUUGUGUAAGUUUACAGUCACAUAGUGGCUUUGUGGCAGUGGCGAUUGCUCUAAGACUGCAAGGGAAGCUCAGCUUCCCUUAAAAUGUCACCCCCCCAAAAAAAGAAAAAGUGGUGAAAUACGUACUGCUGUGUGUACAUUUCGUUAACUAAAUAUGCGCUAGAAAGCCUUCAUCUUUUGUUCAGAAUCAGCUUCUUAUCACACUGUGAUAAGAAGCUGAUUCUGCACAACUUCGUUCUCAUUCAUCCUCGCAGUGCCUCAGCGCUUUAAACAGCCAGACGCUCGGCUUCUGCUGACUUCCAUGUGGAAGCUCAAAGUGGGUUGUUCCAGCAGCGAAACUAGACGCUCAUUGGAUAAAUGCUGGGCUUUGUCCCGCCCAUCGGUCGCUGAGCUUCUCUGGAGUUCUAUGGCGAGAGCGUGGUCCCGACUUUCUCCCGGACUCCGAGCUUCUGCAUCCAUGAUUGGAUGAGCUGCCUGAGGCGAAAUCCUUUUUUGAUUGACAGCUAAACAAGCGAAUCAGCGAUCUUGAAGAAUAACACAUCUACCAGAGCAUUUUCCAAGUUAUUCAUUCCGUUGUUCUUAACUGCUCCAGAGACUUUACCGAUCCUCAGCGACUUUUGUCUUUGUUAAAAAUGACUGCCGUUGUGUUUGGCGACUCUGUUCUGUUACAUACAAAUAAACAAACACAAUUAUGAUGUAGGCCAGAAAAAUGAGCUUCCCCUCCUUGAAAGACCAGCAGCCGCCACUGCUUUGUGGCUACAUCACUUUAAUGUUUUUUCCACCUCAAUAAUGUGGAGUAUGACUUGCGCCGUAAGAAUAAUUAAAUUCCAAAAGUUUUGAAAUGUCUUCACACUGACUGGCAGUAGUUCAGGCUGGAAGGACUAGGGCUGAGGAUUGGAGGGUUGCUGGUUCAAAUCCCAGACAGACCAUUUCUGGACUUUGGCCUGGUAGUGGGACAGGUGCUAAGUUACUUCCUGUGUGCUGCCGAAAGGCCAUUUAACAACCCCCCUUGCUCUCUGCAGUACCUAUCUGCAGCAAGGCCAUCAUUCUGACUUUUCUCUCCUUCGGUUAGCAUAUAUCCAUGGGGAUCCUGUUUGUGCAUGUAUUUCAGCCUGUUUGUGUAGUAUCCACAACAAUAGGGAGUAAACUGUUCAUUUACCUUCAGAGGUCAAUUAAGUGACUUAACUAACUUAAGGGAGCUGAACUGACAGGGCUCAAUUUUCUCUUCCUCCAGCCUGUCGAUUUCGAAGCAAAUCCAGAUAUCAAGCUGGGAGUGGUGGUUUCCAACGUUGCACCGUCUUUAGGAGAUGGAGAAGUAGAGGGGGAUGGAGGAGGAGAUGGAAGUGGAGAUAAAGGUGGGGGUGGGGGUGGUGGGGGUGGGGAUGGAGAUGGGGAUGGCGGUGGAGAUGGAGAUGGAGAUGGAGGUGGGGAUGCAGAUGGGAAUGGGAAUGGAGGUGGAGGUGGAGAUGGAGAUGGAGAUGGAGAUGGAGAUGGAGAUGGAGAUGGGGAUGGAGGUGGGGAUGGAGAUGGGGAUGGAGGUGGGGAUGGGGAUGGAGAUGGUGGAGGAGAUGCUGAUGUUGAAGCAGGGGCAGGAGCAGUUGCUAUCAUCACAGCAGGAGCUGGAGCGAAUGUAAAUGUUGGAGUGAAUGCUGGAGCUCAAGGCCCAGCUAAAAAGACCAAGAAAAAGAAGAAAAAGAAGAAGCAAAGAAAAAAACCCAAAGUGUACCCAGUGAACAUCGCAGUGCAGAACGAGCCUGAGGGAGUCGCCUUUGUGCCCCUUGUAAAGCCUGUCACUGUUUCAGAGGACCCGGAGGAAAGUCCAUUGAUGGAGGUGAUUUCUGUCUUCACAGCCACCGACACUGACACUGGAAAACCUGCAAAAAAUGUUCGGUGAGUUAGAGACACACUUAACUUUUGGUUAAAGGACUUAAAGAAAAGCAGACUUUCCCCUUUUAAUUUUUUAAAAUCAACUACUAUGAAUUUUGAUUGGCUACACUAGAAACUUUGAACCAAGCAAAGUUAUUUAAAGCCGGUAUAUAACAGUGACAUCUCUCUUUUUGCAACACCACAGAAAAAUUAAAUGUUACACAAAUCUGAAAUUGUGUUUGUAAAAUCUCUUUAGUUUUCAGGAUAAUCUGGUCCAGAACUGAUUGAUUUAACAAUUGCAGUCCUGGUUGUGGACCAGGAACUUUUCUUAAGGUCCUGGUUGUGGACCUGGUCCAAGUUGACCUAGAGGCGCAAAAGACAGUGAAACAGUUUUUUGUUUUUCAUGAAUAAAAUAAACGUUUUCCGAAUCUGAAACUGUGUUUUAAAAAGACCACAGAGCCGUUGGCACAAUUUAGUCGAGAUUUGGCAAGUCCAGUUACAGUCGCUCUGGAUGAAGACCUCAUAUCAUUUGAUCAAGAGGUUCAAAUGAAAAAGUAAAAUUCAAGGUGUUACGAAUCUGAUGCUGCGUUUUAAAAAGUUAGUUACUUCUUUGGUGAAGCGGUUUUGACAAGGACCAGGUUUUCUGGUUUGAAAUCAAAAGCUACAAAUCAUACACCAACUUGAGCAGAGCUUUAUAAGAACCACUGUGAUCCAUACAGAGGCUGUGUCCCAUUUCAGAGACCGCAACGUCGAACGACGCAUUUGAAGCGUGCAUGAUGCGGUGCGAACGGUGUCCCAUUUGGCAUGAAAUGCUAAGAAAUGCUAAGCGCGCUUAGCAUUUUUCAAGCGUGGAUUUAUGCACGCUUUUGUUCCGUUGGUAUCCCAGAAUUCUUUGCGUGCCGCUGCACAGCUGCGGGUGAGAGGCUGGACUCGCUUGGAGACGCAGCGCGUCUUUAAAGAAAAUAAAAGAAAUUCAAAAACAGCAGACAAUUGUCUUGGAAAAUCCAGCAUAAACUUAGUAAAACAAUGCACAGGAGACAGGAUGAUAUCUGAAGAACAGCCUGGGCGUCUUUUAUUGUAUAGAUGUAGAAAUCAGUACAGAUGACAAACAGAGUCUCGACCAAGACCGAAGGAAGCCUCCCUAGCUUUUCUUCUACUCCCUUUUAUGCUGUUAGGUGUGUGUGUGUGUGUGUGUGUGUGUGUGUGUGUGUGUGUGUGUGUGUGUGUGUGUGUGUGUGUGUGUGUGUGUGUUCUGUCACCAUGGGUAUGUCAUAUCAAUUCUCCAGAGGGCUACCCAUGAUGACAUGUCAUACUGUUCUGACCCUCAACACUUUGUUUAGGCUCGUCUUAACUCUCACAGAGAUUAAAUGUUCCAACAGACAGAUAGUUCGGGCUCCUGCAAGACAGCCUUGCUUGCAACCUCAGGCUGCAUGAGCAGGCCAACCUAGAUUAUUUGUAGCUCCUUACUAAAAGAUAAUUACUCUAUAUUUCUUAACCUAAAUGUAUGAAGAGAUUCUCCAACACAGUCCCCCCUUUGAAAGUUCUUACGUUCAUAAAACCCUGAUCAUCAUAUCAAACACUUCCUUAAGUGAUUAAAAUAAAACAUGUUCACUAAAUUCAAAAUGCAAUGUGUGUGAUUUGCUGCAUCUAAGACUUAAUAAUAUAUGGCAUGAAACAAAAAUCAAAAUGCAUUAACCAGUCAUAUGAAUUAUGCAACCUUAUCAAAUCGUGAUAUAAUUCCCCCAAUUAUGCAUGUUAUAAAAUUGUGAUAUCAAUUCUCAAGAAAUGUAAUAAUCAAUGUUCAUUGGGUUGAAUAAUAUCUCACUUUGAUGUUCAAUUUCUUCACCAUCAUACCAUAGCUAGGAUCAUUUUAAAUUAUAUCAGCGCGUAAGACUGAAAACCCUGCCGGGCUGUUUCAACAGGGAAAGAAUCUUACAGCCCCACGCCCUGGCGACCAUCCAUUUCCUGGAUGCGCUGACAUAAUUUCAUUUGCAUAGAAAAAGUGUCAACUUCUGGUAAUACCAUUAAUUUCAUUGUAGCAACUUGCGACAAACCCCUUGAUUAGGAUGUGAUUAACUCCAUGGUCAAUGUGUGAUUAAUGUAGUCCUUUAACUCUGCGAAUGAAACAUGUUCAGUUCAAUAUCUCAGCUCAUUGGAUAUGUUGUUUGCAUUGUUCAAAGUCCAUUGCUCAUCUUCGUCUCCUUCAGUCCAGGAACCCUUCAGGUCCCUCAGUCCCUCCUUUAUACAUCACACACUGUGCCAGCUGUUUUGGUGGCAUUUCCUGUAGUUCAUGGGCCAGUGUUAGGUCCACCAUAAGUCCCAUCUCCUCCGUCAGCUUCCAACAUUGUCUCCAAAAGAUGUGUACGUUGCAACAUGUGAGAAAGGAAAUCAGAAUUAGAGCUAUCACAGCACUCGUGGCUGGGCCAACCUUGAUUCAUCUAACAUUUGGACCAACCAGUCCAUCAACAGGCCCCCCUUACCAGCAUUCUCCCGCAUUUCCACUUUUAGCUUUUCUAUACCCUCCAUAGCUUUAGAAAAACCUCCCCCAGGGGCUUGUUUUGUUAGAAAUGUAUCUUCAACAGUACUUUCUAAACCUCGAACACACUCUUUUCUCUUCAAAUACCCAAUUUAAUGCUUGUCUGUAUUGUCAUGGUAGUGGACUUGUUACAUGUAAAUAUCCUUUAAUCUAAACAUUUUAGCUGAAUAAUUAACAAAUCAAAUCAAACAAUAAUUUCUGUCACAUAAUCGCUUAACUUUAGGUUUAGAAAAAAAACUGUUCUUCUCUUAUAUGUAAAAAUCUGGCAAAAAUCUCUUCCCCAUUUACCACCUCCAGUUGUUAUUUUAUUUUCACACACGACUUUUAAACAUUAAUUUUACUUCCUAUGUGAUAAAUUCAUCUGGAACCUUUCCUUCAAUAUAUCAGAUCUAGUAAUGUGUAGGGCUCUCUUUCCUCUUUUUCUUAUGCACUUGUUUCUGAUUAUCUGUAAAAAAAAAUCUUUUUAAUUUUAUUUAUCUAUUUUCCUUAACCUAAUUGUAAAUCUGUAAUAAACUGUGAAUGUUGGCAUGGGUUCUAGCACUGUCUGGAGUGGUGUGGAUUGUGUUUGGGUUGCAUCAUACUCACCCGUGAUGAAAAUGUCUCCGACGUCUUCUUCUUCUCACAGCUGUACUGGCACCAGUUUGACCUUCACCUUUCUUCGUUGUCUCCAGUCUCUCUCUCAGUCUCUCUCCACACAUUGUACCUCAGCAGCAACACCAGGAAAACAGUUACUUUCAGGACGAUUUUGGGAGUGUCUCUUAUCAAGUCAUACUUCCUUGUUUUUCUGGGCAGUCGGUGGUAGAUGAUGCCACAUCAUAUUGCCCUCUUCUUGCACUGAAGUGUCACCAGGACCACAGUGUUCAGGUCUUCUCCUCGUUCUUUGUGCCACUCUCCUCAAAGGACAUAGAUGUACACCUGGUUGUCUGGCUCGACUGGCCUCCACCUCUUGACUUGUUAUCAGAUUUAGGCAUUCCUCCUGCUAAUCGAUAGAUCUUUGCAUCGUAGUUAGCUGCCUUCAUUUAUUUUAUUUGCAGCUGCCGUACCAGGCAGUGAUGCUCGCAGAAAGCACAGACCCCACUGUGGCGGUGUAGAUAGUUUGCCAAUGUGAAUUUACAAAUGUGCUAAAAAACAAAUUCCAUUUACAUGCAUUUGUUUUAAGAUUAAUAUGACUAAAUCUUUUUGGUUUACGAACUUUCACCGCAUAAGCAGCGGUGGAUAAUGGAGCGUUUUUUUUUUUUAACACAUGCACGAGUGUCACACGUGCAUGUUUUUUUUUUAUUCUCACCUGUCGCCGCCAUGCUCUGAUGGUGCAAAGCCACUUUUUUCUUUGCCUCCACCUUUAGAUCAGACCACUUCUUCUUGAUUUCGGCACAGUUUUGUUUUCGUCUACGUCAUCUUCAACGAAAACAAAACUCCACGUGUUUGCGCGCGCGUGCGUGUGUGUCUGUGUGUUGGAGGAGCACAACAGGCUGAUGACAGCUGUCAGAGCGGACAGAAGCUGCUCCUAUAUGUUUAGCGUUUAACUGACUGAGUUUUGCAACUCUGUUCGUCAUUUUCGUCUCGUCCCAUCAACGUAAACGCACUUUCGUCUCGUCACAUUUUAGUCAUCUCCGACUUAUGUUUAGCUCGUCAACGUUACGUCUUCGUCGUGGAAGAAAAGGGAAAUAUUUCCGUCAACAAAAACAACCAGUGUUGUUCUCGUUGAUGAAAAUAUUUCUUUUUGACGCUGGUGUUGACGAAAAUAUUUGACGAAAUAUGACGAAAACAACACUGUUUCGGCAACGCUGCGCUCAGUGCCAGCCGCAAUUGCCACCACGGCAACGGCGUUUUUAUCGGUGAUGCCACUCGAAUGGCCGCCGAAUAAGGUCUCCCGUCUCGCCGCCACCUCAUUUACAAGAACCUCCACCUCGAUCUCUGAAAAGUUUCUUUUUCCACGACUUGCUGAUGCCAUGGUUAAGCGUGAAAUGCCGUGGAUCCACCAGGCUUAUCUACAUGCAAAUCACAUUCAUGAGGUAAUUUGCAUGACCAUACAUGGUGAAUUUUGGGUGUGGAGAGGGCGGGGAAGAAUCAAAUCCCUGCUGAGCAACUUUCCAGCUGGUCUGUGAUUUAUAAAGGGAAAGUGCGUGCAGGUGUGCGUAGGCAGGGUUUUAUAAAUCAGAUUUUUUUUUUGCCUACGCACUUUUCAGCUUUUCAACUUACGUACACUUUUAGUAUGGAUCCUACGCCAGGUUUUAUAAAUGAGGCCCCUGAUAUUUACUUCAGAGAUUAACUUUCUUCCCCAAAAUGAUGUACCAAAUCAUGCAAUAAUAUUUCACAAAAGUUUUGACUCCAAGAUCUUUUGAUGGUGUUGCUUCUAUCCAUCGACUGAACCCGUCAUCAUUACAAACAUGAAACAUUUUCCUUGGCAGUUUUAAUCAUGUCCACAUUGUCUAUGAAUAGAUGUCUAAAAGCGUCCCUCUGGAACUGGAAAAGUGUCCCACUAAUGUUUUAUUGGUCUCUUCAAUUCAUCUGAAAACACAUAUCACAAUGACCCAAAAGUUUAUCAACUAUUGUCAGCAUAUUCUAAAAAUCUCAUGUUUUAAUUGUCUCAUUAUCUCCCCCCUUGCACAGUGUGAAUCACUGUGAAAGUCAGAUCCUGAGUUGGUUUGUUAAUACUACUGGUACCAAAAUAGUUAUUUAACUUUAAAACAUUUUCUGUGCCCUUAUUGGCCUUUGACAGCUUCCCAAUACUUUUACAUUAGGUGGCACAUCUGUGAGGAGUGUAUGUGGAUUCAGCACAGCCAUAUUUGGAUUUAUCAGUAUUAAACUAACAGAAUAGAAAUGUUACACCCUAGAUCUCAAUUAGCACUGCGGUUUUUAGCAGGCCCCUCAGUUAAACUCUGCUUCCCUCCUCAGCUGCUUGCUUUAGUGGAUAUUUUACUCAAUAUGACAGUCAAACAUUAGCCUUAGGUCCAGUUAUACUGGACUCAAGGACACACCAUAAUGUUUUCAUCCAACCUCUCCUCAGUACAUCUUACUAUAUAAUGGGUCAAAAACAUCUUUCAAUAACACCUGGACAUUUGGGAUUUAAACCUUAAUAUAUAUUUUAAUUAUAGCAGUUUGACCUAGCUAAUAUAUCUUUGCAUAUUUGGUCAAGAUAUUUACUUAAAAACUAUAAACCAUAACUGUCUAUGUACACACCUUGUGGUGAGCACCAAAUUUGAAUGUUACCCCUACAUAGGGCUUUUUGGUCAUCCCUGGUCUGGGCAGUUGUCAAAAAUGUCCGGUAUGAUCACAUCCCCAGCAGGCCUUUAGAUGUCACACGUCCAUCAGAAUUCCACUCUCUCCCCCUGCCGGGAUAUAUCAUCUCUAUGGAGCGGGGUUCUGUCUGAGGAUAAACAUUCACAACAGGUGAUUAAACAGGUUGCUGUAGCUGUAGCAGGUUUAACUGCAGUUAGCAUCUGCAUGGUCUGCAUCGCUGGGUCUCUUUUGCAGUGUCCCCCUUAGAGGUGGCCACCAUUGCAGCCUGAGACUGUACUUUGUUUCUGCUUCGCAGGUCUCCCAGCUGUAGCUGUAUCAACUUCCGCUGAAUGUUCUUUUCCUGUUCUUUCAGUCUCCACUCUUCAUUUGGCAGCACCCUCCACAUCACAUCACAAUAUGCAUUGAACUCACUCCCAUCUAUCAUGGGAUUCGUCAUCCAACUUUGUUUUGACUUGUGCAGAAACUCCUCCAUCGUCUUGGUUCCCAGCAGUUGAGCCAAGAGUGCUUUCAUGUCUGGUGUAGUCAACAUUUUCCCUACAGUUCAUCCUCAAAAACCGAUAUCCAUCUCCCUGCCCCCUGUUCAGUUUGUAGUAGUCUGGCAAUCAGCCCAGCAAGGUUUGUGGUUUUCGACGGCACAUAGCUAGCCUGUGUGCCCUUUUUUAAGAUUGAAAACAUACUAUCAGUGCAUCUUCGGGUGAACAUGAUCUAGGCCAGGGGUGUCAAACUCAACCACAGCAAGGGCCAUAAUCUGGAUUUAGGUCUAAUCUCAGGGCCAAAGAGGGUCAACAUUUCACCAAAACUGUCAAUUUCCUUUUCAAAGCCUAUGGGACAAAAAUAGCAAUGAUUAUAGAUCAUUUGGAAAUUCAAAAAGAGAUUAAAAAAAAAACAUAUACAGUAUAUAUAAAUACAUAUAUAUAUAUAUAUAUAUAUAAUAAAAAAUAAUAAGUUUGAAGGCAACCUGAGAUGGGAAAAAUGUUUAGUUUUUUAUUCUAUUCUUAUUUAUUAGUUCAAAAGAUCAGAGCAUGAUAUUAAAAACAGGAAAAUAAUGCAUUUAAAGAGCAAAUACACAAGAAAAACAUUGAAAUCAGGUUCAAAAGGUCAAAAUAUGACUUAAAAUUUAGAAUUGGAAUCUAAAGUAGAAAAAUGACACAAGUCUAAAUACUGAGUUGAACAAAAUCAAAGCAUGAAAUAAAAAUCCAAUCAUGUUUGACUUGUAAUCUUGAGAUGCAAAAUUGAAAACAUAAUAAAACACCAAAUAUGUAUUUUCCACAUUCUUGACCACUUAUCAAAUCUUCCUUACUCUUUAAUUUCCCAGAUUUUCCUGGCUUAUUAAGGACAUUUUAAAUAAAGGUGCUAAAGUUUACAUUAUUAUACUGGAAGAAAUCUGCAGACUUCAUACUGGUGGGCCAAUAAUAAUACAAAUAUGAUAUGAUCUUAUGGGCCAGAUAUAAUUGUUCCAUGGACCAGAUUUGGCCUUGAGCCCGACACCUGUGAUCUAGGCCUUUAUCUAAGAUCAUAUUUUGUGCAGGGUCACAUGAUAUUUGCGGGCCCUGCUUCUUACCUAAGCUGGGAAGUAUUUGUGCUACUACUACUUGUACUAUUGGGUGACAGAGUUCACAUGGCAAGUCUAUGUUAUUGUUACCCAGAUUAAAACAAUUUGACUGUUCAGCAUUAUAAGCAUUAUCAUUCACAUAACAAUUACUUAUGAUCAUUACUUCAGGGAAUCGGGCAAAGGUUUGUUGUGGGCUUUUCCUCCCUCAGCAAACUCAAAAUCACAUAUUAUAUUAACUUUCCCCAACAUAGAAGGAUAAUUUCCUGUUUUCUGAUACUGGAUUUGGCUACAGAAUCUCUCUCUAUUUUACCUAUUUUCCAUGUUUGUGACUUUCUUUUCUCCACCUUCUCCUUAUUGCUUUCUAGCUCUGCAAACCCAAUCUUUAAUUUAUUCAUAAAAUAGUGUUGGCCUUCACUUUUGAACAUUUCCAGUACUUUUAGUUCCAAAUCUCUUGUUUUUGCGUGUUUUACUUUCAACUUUGUGUUUAUGGUCUUAAAUUUGCUGCUCCAAAUCCUCACACACAGUCACAUCAGAUGUGCCUCCCUAGAUCAUAAAAAUUCUAACCCCUUGACUCAAUGUCCCCAUUUCUUUGUAAGUUUUUGGAUAUCAUUUAAGUGUUCAGGAUAUUUACACCCUGCCAAUGCAAUUGAAGUUAUACUAAUCUUCCCUUUCUGGUCAUGGUGUUUGUAGAAUUUAUUAUUUCUAUUGAAUUACUUUGUUCUAAAAACUUAGAUCAGCAGUGUUCCUGUAAACCUAUUUGUUUUAUUUCUUGUUAUGUUUUUAUUUUUGGAAAGAAAACAAUUAUUACUAUCAUUAUUAUUGAUUUUAAUUCUUCAUUUCGUGUUAAUAUAUUCACACCCUUCUCAGUCCUUUUUCACAACUUUAACAACUUUCAGUUACCCUUUUCACACUUCAACACUUUCAGUUACCCUUUGUCUGAUCUCUAAUCCAGAACACAUAGUCACCCAUUGCCACAGAUAAAAGGGAAAAAAGAAUAAAACAGACCUGACACAAAGUUAGGAUCUUUCUCUGUAUGUCGCACCAUUUUUCCCAGCCUUGCCUUGCUUCAAACUAUGUCACAAUCAAAGCCAGAAUGCUCGCACUGUCAGUCUUUUACACAUUCACUACUCAAACAGCACACUGCCACACCCUACUUCAAUCUUAACUUGCGUCACCAUUCAACACUUCAACACUUCUUCAAAUUAACACACACAUUAAAACUUGAUCCCCAGCGGUUUUGUAAGAUUCUCAAAAAAUACACAGUAUAAAGCUUUUGCAUUAACUGAAGUCUCACAGCAAUAGUCAUUAUUGGUAUUAACAGUUUCAAUAAUAUAAAAAAAAACACAGUAUUUUGGCAGAAACAGCAGAUGUAUAGAAGCAACCCUUAGAUUUGAAGUUUUAGAAGUUUUGCACUCAUGGUACCUCAUUUCUUUUUCCCCUUUUUGUAUCUUUUAUACUUUCACAAACAUUAUUUCAGCAGCUUUAACACAGAAAAUUUGUUAAGGAGCAUAAGACAUGUGUUAACAACAAAAACCAUCAUAAUAUUCAAGCAUAAGCUAAAACCUUCAUAUCAGGAGUGUUCAUCAUGAUACUAGGAAGAGAACCUCUUUCCCAGGAGUAUUUAACCUUCUAUGUCUCAACUGAUAACAUGUCUGCAGUGAGCACAGUAUUCACAUAAACAACUAUGAAAUAAACACGUGAGAAAAACACAGCAAUCUUUGAAUAACAUAAAUUAAAGUUGUUAACUUAAAUUUAACUUUAAAUUAAAGUUUUUAAUUUAGAAGAAUAAAGUCAUAAAGUAAAUAAAGUCAUAAAGCUGCUUUUGUGGAGGGGGAAAUGGCUGAAGCUGGUCUGCAGAUGACCAGCUUCAGUCAUUUCACUUUAUUCCCCCAAGUUUACAACUUUAAUCUCUAAAUCUUAAAAAAAAAAAAAAAACAACUCUAUGUUGUCCUGAUCCUCUGCUGUAGUUUUGUCAGCUUUCUUAUUUCUAAUGUUUUUGAUUGUUAUAGCAGAGCGGAUCAGUUUGUCUCUAAAUCUAUAAUGUUUGGUUUACAGAUUUUACUGAGUUCAGAGACCAUGCUGUCAUACAGCCUGAGCUGACUGUCUGCUGUUUUUGGAUUUCUUUUAUUUUCUUUGAAGACGCGCUGCGUCUCCAAGCGAGUCCAGCCUCUCACCCGAAAUGCGCAGCUGUGCAGCAGCAUGCAAAGAAUUCUGGGAUACCAACGGCAUGAAAGCGUGCAUAAAUGCACGCUUGAAAAAGGGGCGGGGCAGUGUGGUUUUGAGACCGAAUUUGAAGCAUGCUUAGCAUUUUGUGCCAAAUGGGACACCAUUCGUGCUGCGUGAUGACCUCACGCACGCUUCAAAUGCACCGUUCAACGGUUGCGGUCUCUGAAAUGGGACACAGGAAGGGUACGUAACGGCACAUAACGGCAGUGCGCUCAGCUAAGCGCGCUUAAGCGCGCUUAUCCCGAUGCGGUCUCUGAAAUGAGACACAGCCAGAGUUUGACAGAACUAAUGUGACAAGGCGAGCAGUGGGGGUUAAGACUUGACAACGUCACCUGGGGUCAUGCACCAGUGGCGAUUGCUCUAAGACUGCAAGGGAAGCUCAGCUUCCCUUAAAAUGUCACCCCCCCAAAAAAAGAAAAAGUGGUGAAAUACAUACUGCUGUGUGUACAUUUCGUUAACUAAAUCGUGCUAGAAAGCCUUCAUCUUUUGUUCAGAAUCAGCUUCUUAUCACACUGUGAUAAGAAGCUGAUUCUGCACAACUUCGUUCUCAUUCAUCCUCGCAGUGCCUCAGCGCUUUAAACAGCCGGACGCUCGGCUUCUGCUGACUUCCAUGUGGAAGCUCAAAGUGGGUUGUUCCAGCAGCGAAACUAGACGCUCAUUGGAUAAAUGCUGGGCUUUGUCCCGCCCAUCGGACGCUGAGCUUCUCUGGAGUUCUAUGGCGAGAGGGCGGUCUGUUGUAGAAAGUCCAGCAUAAACAAUGCACAGGAGACAUGAUGAGAUCUGAAGAACAGCCUGGGCGUCUUUAAUAGUACAGAUGUAGAAAUCAGUACAGAUGACAAACAGAGUCUCGACCAAGACCCAAGGAAGCCUCCCUAGCUUUACUUCUACUCUCUUUUAUGCUGUUAGGUGUGUGUGUGUGUGUGUGUGUGUGUGUGUGUGUGUGUGUGUGUGUGUGUGUGUGUGUGUGUGUGUGUGUGUGUGUGUGUGUGUGUGUCUCCAGAAGGCCCCUCAUGAUGACAUGUCUGCCCCACAACACUUUGUUUAGGUUCGCCUUGACCCCGGCAGAGAUUACAUGUUCCAACAGACAGAUAGUUUGGGCUCCUGCAAGACAGCCUUGCUUACAAUCUCAUGGUCGUGGGGCAGCAGGAGCAGGCCAACCUAGAUUAUCUGUAGCUUCUUACUAAAAGAUAAUCACUCUAUAUUUCUUAACCUAAAUGUAUGAAGACAUUCUCCUACACACCCCCCCUUUGAAAGUUCUUACUUUCACAAAAAACCUAAUCAUCAUAUCAAACACUAAACAUCCUUAUGUGAUUAAAGAAACAAAAGUCAGUACCGGCUUUCUCCCGGACUCCGAGCCUCUGCAUCCAUGAUUGGAUGAGCUGUCUGAGGCGAAAUCCUUUUUUGAUUGACAGCUAAACAAGCGACUCAGCGAUCUUGAAGAAUAACACACAUCUACUUGAGCAUUUUCCAAGUUAUUCAUUCCGUUGUUCUUAACUGCUCCAGAGACUUUACCGAUCCUCAGUGACUUUUGUCUUUGUUAAAAACGACUGCCGUUGUGUUUGGCGACUCUGUUCUGUUACAUACAAAUAAACAAACACAAUUAUGAUGUAGGCCAGAAAAAUGAGCUUCCCCUCCUUGAAAGACCAGCAGCCGCCACUGUCAUGCACCCCAGGAUAUGAAUAACAAAAAUCACCAGAGGCGCAGGGUUCAAGUUCAAGUGGAAUUGAGUCCACUGGAUGAGACACUGUGAUUUCAACAAUGAAAACAUUAAAUCCAACCAUCACUAUAAAAAGUAGAUGAAAUGAAAGAUAAAACAGUAGUAUGGGAGCCUGUAAAAGGGAAAAAAUAGGACAGGGCUAGGAUCCAAAAACUGCACAACUCCCAUGAGACAGCUAACCAAAGGUGAAAACUGGAAUCACCACCAGGGGACUGCUGCCACUCUGAGGCCCACAGCACCUGUCAGACAAAAAGGAAACAUACAACUAAAUGCAAUGCAAUCAUGAAAGCCCUCAUACCACGGUAAACAAACACACAAAAAUAGUACACACUAACCCCAAACCCAAAAUGAGAAACAAAAACACAGCUGACACAGCAGCAGAGGAUUGCAACACACGGAGAGCAGGGUCUAAUCAUUGGAUGACAGCAGGAGGAAGCUAAAUACCCCAACUCCACCGGUAAAGGUCACAGGAAGUGCACCACACUCACACAGACACCAGGACACAGCUCAGCUUCCGGUCAUACCACACUUGUUUUAAACCCGACACUACUCCAGGCUGUACAGGCAGGACGCCGGUAGCCACUGCACGCCUCUAGCUCUGUGAAUGAGAAAGAGAUAGAGGGAGAGGGAGAGCAAAGCAAACGAGAUGUUUUUAUAGGUGACCUCACAGUAAUUGCCAGCCACACUGCCUUUAGGGAGUGUAAAUCCCCAUCCGGUCACACAAAGACAUAGCCUAAUUGUGUUGGUAAAGCCAGCAGAAAUGUCAGAGGAUUAGUAGAUUCAUGACUUUCCAGUCACUGAGUGCCAGGCAGUCCUGUUUCAAAUCUGACAGUUGCACUGACAGCAGCCCCUCAUCGCUGAGAGUAAGAGGGAGACAGUUUAAGGUGGACUGCAUUUGUGCUGAUUGACUUAAAGGUAUCAGCUUGUUGGUUAGAGUAAUAGAUCUCUUUUUAUCUGCUGAGCUGACUGAUUCAGCUUUUGACAAGACUUGACAAUAACCUAAAUCUUAAAAAUGUAACAGAUUGUAAAAGUCAUCAGAUUGUAAACAGUCCAAGACCUAAAAUGAACAGAGCUGCGAUUGUUGGCAAUAACAAAGUAGAUGAUGUAAGUGGUUAUGUCAUGCUUUUUGGACAGAUAUGCUAAAGGUCAUGAUCCUGACAACUUGCUGCUGAUCAACCCAGAGACAGCAGAGGUUCGGCUGCUAAAGACUCCCGACAGAGAGUCCCCAUCCUUGGUUAAUGGAACUUACUAUGCUAAAAUACUGGGUAUCACUCAUGGUAAGCUCUGUCUGUCUUAAGAUGUUGUUGCUUUAAAGGGAUAAAGUUUGAUUUUUUUCCUUUUGGUGUUUUAAGCGAUUAAUUUUGUGGAAGGAGAGAAACUUGAAAUCCUGGCAGUAUCCUGUCAGCAGUUCUUUGAAUCCCUGCUAUCAGAAAUGAAAACUUAUUUUGCUUGAGCAUUUUGAAUUUUUCACAACACUGUUCUUAUAACUGGUACCAGAUAGAAUAAAAGUUUUGCUGUUAUAGCACAUUGCUACGAAUAUCAGUGUGCAACUUUUAGAAACUUUCAGCCCAUGCUUCUUGAUUUUUAGUAAUUCAGGCAUCUGGUUUUCUGAUUUUUAUAGACAUGCCUACGAAGAUGGCCACUGGUACAAUAGCAUUGCAGGUGGGAGAUGUAAAUGAUAAUUGCCCCUCGCUGAGCAAUAAUGUGGAUUAUGUCUGCUAUGACACUGAGGCUGUUAGUGUCACGGGGAUAGAUGAAGAUGGAGAUCCAAACUCAUCCCCUUUUACCUUCAGCCUAAUAGAAGAGAAGAGUGACGGGGAGUGGAAAAUUGAACCUCUUAAUGGUAUUGUAUCUCUUUGUAUUUAUUACCAGUAUACGAAUUUGAACAUUAUUUUGGUACUAACUCCUCAGCACAAACCUUAUGACCACUGAAAGGGUCCAUGUAUGAUGCUUGUUGAAGUGUGCCUUGGUUUUAGCAGUUCUGAACAGAGUCAAUCAGAGGCUAGCUCACUCUGAAAAUGAAUACCAUUAGAUCUAAUAGUUUCCAUUCAUAUGUCUCUUUUUUGACUCUUAGCCACCAGUGCAUCCCUUUGGGCUGUGAGACCACUGUGGCCUGGUCACUACAAGGUUGCUGUCAUGAUCCAGGAUAGACAGGGCCUUGCAUGUCCAGAACCCCAGUAUCUUGAACUUCAUGUCUGUGAGUGUGAGAAAGAAGAGACCUGCAGCAAAAUAGAAGGUUUUUUUGGUAUAGCAUCUUUUCUUAAGGAAUCAUCAUCUGCAUUUGGAGGACUGGGAGUGGGAAUGCUGAUCCUGGGGCUUAUGACACUACUUAGUGAGUAUGUCUUGUGUUAGCAUGGCUUAUAAAAUGACAUUAGAAAGGCUUUCACACUCUGUAGGAAUUCAGUUUCAUUGGAAUGAGUAUUUUAAUCCUUUAACUAACCAAGUUUACUCCUUUAAAAGGCAGCAUUCUUUUAUAACCACUUCACAUUUAUUGUAUAGUUUCAAUGACAUAUCUGUAUGCUGUUUAUUUUCCAUCAUGAAGCCAAGAAAAAAGACCCCCCCCCCCCAUAUUUCUGUAAAUAUUUGGUAUACUGAGCCAUUCCUCCAGACUUCUCUUGGAUUUUUGGAGUCAACUCUUGAUUGAACUUUUAUCAGGUUUUGAAAGACUGCAUAACUGCUGCUGUGCUUUUACAGUCUUAGGUCUCCUCAUGACCACCUGCUCAUGUGGAGUAGCAGAAAGCUUCUCUGAGCUUCCCUUCGAUACCAGGGAACACUUGAUUGUCUAUCAUACAGAGGGCAAAGGAGAGGACAAGGUAAGACAUUCUGUAUGAGACAAACCAUAUGUCCAUGGAUGAGCAAGUUUUCAUUCAUGACAACACCUACAACUGAAUUGCCAAUGUUUUUCAACCAGUGCUUGAAAGAGGAUGUUGCUGACAUUACAUAUGUAUUAAAUUCUUUAAAUCUACAACUGCUCAAACUAGGGCUGCAACGAUUAGUCGACGUAAUCGAUUACGUCGACACGACAAAUUCAUCGACACGAAAACGAAGGUGUUAUUGUUGUUAAGAAUCACAUGCCGGCACCUCAUGCUCAUCUAUAACUGCAGUGCACUACAGGAUGUGCUGGGGGCAGUAGCGCUCGCUGUUUACAUCCCGCAAGCAAACACAGAAGAAGAGUGCACACAUUAUGGCAGAACAAACUGAAAAAGACGCUCCAAAACUUCAAAAGUUUGGGAACAUUUACGGAGAACAAACCAAAAAAACACGUUGAGCAAAGCUCAGCUUUCCUACCAUGGCAGCACCACGGCGAUGCAUGAGCACCUGAAAUGCCGACAUGCCGGAAAUAGGUGUUUAUAAAUAAAGAAGAUAGUGAUUAAUCGGACGACUAGUCGAUAGAUUAGUCAACAAAAAAAUAAUCGAGACCAGGCCAUGAAAACAUCCAAACAACAAAUAUACAAACAUACCAGGUAGCAAUCACAGUAUAACAAGAGGAGGACCCGAGAAAAGGAAAAAAAAAUGUGUACAGUGCCGUCAAAACCACAGAUACCAAGUAUACCAGUCACAAGACUAUUCCUGAAGAAUUAGAAUGGGGAGGGGUUGCAAAGCCUUCCACCACCCAUAGGUAAACACAUGUCCAUAUACAUGUUAAAUCACCCAGAGAUCAUGUCAUAAAAAAACAGCACAAAUUGUAACCACCAGGACAUAUUCACGCUAGCAGUCCCACACAGGUAUCAACCAUCAUAGAAAAAAAAAACAUAAAUGACUCAAAUCCUCCCCUAAGUGACAGAAAAGACACCAACCAUACAUAUACAUUUUAAAGAGCAGUACACAAAAAAAACGAGCGACCAGCAAGAACUCUCUGGUGCAUAUUCUGAAUAAGUCUGACUACUGGUCUGACUACCCUCCCAUACCUUGUCCGCAUUCUCUGCAAACCGUCAGGGGAAAGGUUUGGUCCUGCCUCCGAUGCAACAACUGAACCAGCAUCAGAAGGCAGCAAGUCAACAGGAAGAGUAGGGACAGCAGGUCGAGAGUCGGGUAAGUCAACAGGACAGUCAGUAUCAACAACAGGGUCAGAAGGGUCAGACCGGUUCAGUUCUACAGAACCGUUCUCGUUUUGCCUGUCAGGUCCACUCUCCGUAUGACUGGCAGGGUCAAUCUCAUCAGGUGCGUCAGAUCCGGCACAGUCAUUCAUAUCCACAUCAUCCAUAGUUGUCGACUCAUUUCCAUGGGAGACUGGGAGCUGAGAUAUCCAACAGACAGUCCUGUCCUCCGCUCCACAUCCAGGAAGAAGAGUUGAUCCAUCUCGUUCAGCACCCAGCACAGACUCAGACAUAGCCCCAUCAGACUGGUCACUGAAUAUGGACCCAGCAUCCUCAGUGUCAGUAGGGACUGGCGGAAAGUUCACAGGCAUUAUCAGGUUCCGGUGGACCACUUUCUCCUGGUCAGUCACACAGUUCCUGAGUCUGAAGGUGUGAGUGUUAUCCUAUUUUCCCACGACAGUGUACAGGUGUCCCUCCCAGCGAUCAGCCAGCUUUCUCCGCCCUUGUUCUCCCUUGUUCGCCAGCAACACUCUAUCUCCUACCUCCACAGGUGCACCCCUCACUUUGCGGUUGUAUAGCUCAGUCUGCUUUUCUUGUUGUUUCGUGGUUGAAAUCUGAGCAAUACGGAUAGCUUCAGCUAGGUCACGACGAAGACACUGCACAUAGACAUCAUAGUCCACCACUUGCUCAUCUAUGAGCACAGACUGAAACAUCAUGUCCACAGGUAGCCUGGGAACUCUGCCGAACAUCAAGAGGAAGGGUGCAAACCCAGUGGUCUCAUGGACCGUUGCAUUGUAAGAGAAGGUUAGUGAACGCAGGAGUUGGGGCCAUUUUUGCUUGGCUCUGGGUGGAAGGGCUCUGAUCAUGUUUCCCACAGUGCGGUUGAACCUUUUGACUGCUCCAUUGCCCAUGGGGUGGUAAGGUGUCGUAUGAGAUUUUUCAACACUGGCAACUUGGAGCAUUUCUGCAAUCAGACUGCUUUCAAAAUUUGAAACUUUGAAACUUCGACCAGCUGAGACAGCACUGCACUGAGACCAUUGGAGGAGGCAUCAACUGACAGGAGAAACGACUUACUGAAAUCAGGGUGUGCCAGAGUGACGUUAUCUAGUAAGGCUUGUUUAAGCUUACUGAAAGCCUGGCUGCAAGUGGGAGUCCAAUCAGCAGAGGAGAGGUUACGAAACAUAGCGGAUUUCUUUCCCUUGGUACGUCGUGGCCCCUUCAAACCAGACGUCAAUGCAAACAAAGGCCUGCUAAUGCUAGAGUACCCCUCAAAAAACUGUUGAUAAAACCCCACCAUGCCAAGGAAGGAUCGGAUCUUGGUGGGGGAUGGGAUGUCAGUACCCUCCACCAUUAAGUCUUUCUCUUGCAAGUCAAAUUAACAUUAACUUUCUGCGGGUCAGUUGAAAUUCCCUCCUUUGACACGACAUGCCCCAGAAACUUCACUGAAGGCCUCAUGAAGUGACACUUCCUGGGGGCUAGCUUCAGGUUGUGCACCCUUAACCUCCCGAACACCAUCUCCAGUCUCUGCAGCGCCAAUGCUUCAUUGGGGGCAAACACAAGGAUGUCAUCAAGAUAGCACAAGAGGCUCAGGAAGUUUUGGUCACCAAAAAUAACCAUCAUCAUCCUCAUGAAUGUGGCUGGGCUGUUGCAAAGCCCCUGCGGGAGCCGAUUAUAUUCAUACAGCCCGAAUGGAGAGGUGAAUGCAGUGAACUUUUUGUCAUCCUCGUGGACUUCCACAUUAUAAUACCCAGAGGUCAGAUCCAUUGUUGAGAAGAACGUAUCCCCCCCCAAGGCAGCUAGGGCGUCGGCUUGGUGAGGCAGGGGGUGGGCGUCACGAACAGUGCGUGCAUUAAGCCACCUGAAAUCAGUGCACAGCCGCAAGUCGCCGUUCUUUUUCCAGACAAGGACAAGAGGUGACGCAUACUCGCUCAUAGACUUCCUAAUAAUGUCACGCUCUUCCAUCUCAUUUAAAGCUACUCUUAGUUUCUCGUAAUGUGAUGGGGACAGGCGGUGAUAGGGGAGCCUGAAAGGUUUGCUGUCACUCAGUCAGAUGCGGUGGACAAAGUCUUUGGCUUUACCGCAGUCUAGUCUGUGGCGGGAGAAGAUGGACUCAUAUUUUGCUAGCAAGUCGACCAGUUUUGACUUCCAGAAGGGAGACAGGUGAGUCGUGUUAAUGUCAAUGUCCUGCAGACCCAAGUCAGAAAGAGUGGGACAAAAGGGCGGUCGAGCAGUGCAGUCUGAGUCAGCAGUCAAACUCUUCUCACUGUCAGUGUCAGACUUGUCAGCUGUCUUUGUCACGUUACAUUUCACUUCAUCAGAUGAGUCAGUAGCAUACAAAUAGUCAGUGUUAAAGUCUUCCAGCGCCACACAUGGUGAUACAUCAGCAAGCUUGCAGUUGCGUCUCAAAGUCACUGGUCUAGAAGAGGGGUUGAUGACUCUCACUGGGACCCAUCCGUUGCCCCAAAGUGGCGUUACAACACGGCCCACCAUCACUGAACGCGGCACUGUUCGUGACUCACUUGGCUCCACGACCACUGUGCUGCCGGCUGAGAGACACACAUGAGCAGGUAGACGGCCCCAAACCAAGUGUUCUGUUAAGGGCUCGAGGGUUACUGCACGUUUGAGCUUAACAGUACCCACCUUGUCAGGACACUCACCUCCCUUCCAUGUCUCAACAGCAGCCAAGAACUGCAGCAGACUUCUCCCCUCCUCAGGAAGCUGAUCUGAGAGAGACACCUUCUCCUCAAAGUCACCAGAGUGCUUCAGCACCCAAAUGAGGUGUUUUAUGACAUUGCUGCCAAGAAUGAGAUCAUCACUUUGACCCUCCACUAUGAGUGUCGGAACUGAAAAGCAACAGUCAAACACUUUCAUCUUCAGCUCACACACACCAACAGGUCUGGUUGUUAAACCACCGCAUCCAAUGAGCACAACCGAUGUGGGAGAAAUGGAGUCAGGGGAAAUGACAUUGUUCUCUAUCAUGAGGUUGAGCACAUGAGAACUCAGGGAGCAGGCCAUUGAACCACUGUCAAGCAUGGCAUUGAGUGUCAUAGUAUCUUGAAUGAGCACUGUCGUGCGGAAAAGGUUAUCAGUUGCAGACAGUCUUUGUGUAUUUUGAAUGACCACAGUGGAGCCUGCACUUGUCAAGGAGCAGAAUUGUGAGUACACUGAUUCAAGGUCAACAUCAUCAGAAUCUUGUGGGGAAUUGCUCUCCGGCCCUACAUUACUCCCCUGCUCAUGCGGGCCAGCUAGUUUCCCUGCUGGGUGGCACCAUCAGGUUGAGCAGCAGAUGAGUCAGGAGGAGGAGCGACAUGGCAGGAUACAGCUUGAUGGCCUGUAGAAUAACAGCGGAAACACAGACGCUCUCUCCUGCAGUGAGACACAGUGUCAUGAUUGUCAUUCCUACAUACAGCACAGGGGCCCCGAGACUUGUUGCGGCUACCAGUAUCUGAUGACCUUGGAGGUCUGGAAUGUUGGAAAGUCUCUCGCUGCAGUAACCGCUCAAGGAGAGUGAUGACGUGUUCAAGUGACUGCCCUUCAACAUGUGACACUCCACUGGUUGUAACUGGUUGAGGGGCAGGAGCGCCCCCAGCAGACUGAGCAUGGCACUGUACAACACUCACAGGUUGGUCGGGUUGCUGGUUCCUAGCCGGACAUGAAGACUGACGUUGCUGGAGGCGCCUUUUCCUGUGGUGUUCAUCCAACCGCACCUGGACAUCAGCUGCAGUCCACUCCUCUAGCGGUUUGCAGCUGAAGACUAGAGACAACUCAGUGUCAGGACAGUGAGUGAUAAACAUGACUGUCACUUCACGGGAAGGAUUGUCAAGGGUCUUUCCUUGUCUCUUCAGUCCAUCUACAGCAAUGUCAAUGGCUUUGUUAAGCCGAAUCCAAUAGUCACCAGCAGUUUCAGUGGGUCGAGGCUUUGUGUCAUAGAAGUCAGCCAGAGGCAUAAAUGAGGUCACAGAGUCACUGAAGUGCUGCUUAAGUAUGUCAAACACAGGUUGAGGGUCUGACUUUAAGUCUAAGGAGGGUUGGCUGCGAAGCCCAAUGGUCACUACAGCACGUGCCCUCCCCCGUAGCUUGCCCAAAACCUCAUCCACCUGGUCACAUAACACGAUGCCCCUCUUACUCAAAUAAAGUCUCAUUGCCUCCUCCCACCCACAGACUGAUAUCCCAUCGGUAUUGUCCCCCCUGAAAGGACGUGGCUCAUGGCUAUCAUGGUUGAUUGUCAGGUUAACCUUAGACAGAUCAGCUGUGGUCGAGUGGGUAACAUUAGCAUCAACAGCUGGAAUGGACUUAAGACAUGAAACAAUGUUCUCACCUAUACUGGUGCCUAUCUGUUUCACCAAGUCACUGAGAACAUGGACAUCCCGCCCAGAAAAUGUAGACUCCCCACCCACCCCAAUAUCUGCAGCUGCGCAAGCACCAUCCCUCCCAGGGCGAGUAUGAGGAGUAGAGGUAAUGUGUCUGUCUCCACCAAGCCCACCCAUAGUAGGAAACUGACUAAACCAUAGCCUUGAACCCCUACCAAUACUUGACACAUUAUGUUCAUCCAUUGUCAUUGAAAGAGAGAAAAAAAAAAGUCACAAAAUCUCAAAAUCAAGUACUCUAUAAUCACUGAUUCACAGAAACACCCUUAUGUUUUCUCUAUCCUUCACUUUGCUCUUGUUUCUGCUCUUUAAAGAGAAGACCAGGUAUCAACCUGAAAUCACACAUUAAAUGAGUCAACAAUAAGGAAAGAAAACAAAUCUCAACAGGUCACAUUCAAAUACAACACUGACCAUGUAGCAUAGACAAGUGGACUCCCUUUUUUAUUUAUUUAUUUAUUUAUGUUUGUUUUUUUUUUGUUUUUUUUUUUAACGUGGAAGCCUCAGAUCUCUACACCCCGCAAAGAAACCACAGUCCACAAACCAGGGCUGAGAUCACAACCAGACUCACAAUAUCCAGCAAAGGGGCAAACCACACAUGGAGAAGCAGCAUGAAGCAGCAGAGGGGUCACUCGUCCAGCGUCGGCGUCACCAUGAAGACGAACGGGUCACGGCACCAUUGUAGCGGUCGUACUUGCGUUGUGUGAUUAAUUCCGUAGAGAAACCAUACUUCUGUGUUAGAUUCGAUGUUUAUUCAGUACCCAGUGAGCAGCUCAGCACAACUGUGCUAACAAUAUAUAUUCAAACUCUGUACCUGGCAGAAUAUUAUCAUGGUCAGGUCUCACAUCAGACAUGCGGUCUCUCUCUCACUGCAAGUAUAAAAUAACAACAUAAGUACCCUCUUAAAUAAGGAAAUUAAAAGAUAAUUAAAACAAAGAAUCCCAGAGAUCCGACAUGUGGACUUACCCAGUGAGCAGCUCAGCACAACUGUGCUGCUAGACUGGGGUUCACUCCCCAAAUCCCCAGGGGGUGAUGCAUUCGAGGGCUGCAGGGAAUCUGAACAUCCUUAAAAGAACCUAAUGUAAGGCAUGGCAAGUGAAAUCACUAAAUAUUAAUUCUAACUACGUUACACAUACACGCAGAGGCAUAGACAUACAACAAUGAACCGACAAAGAAUCAGGCGAAGACAAGGACUAUAUAUACACACACAGUGCAUUGAGAGGCAGGUGAGACACUGAGACACAGGUGCAGACAAUUACUAAGGAGGGAAAACUGAGGAAGUAGAAACAAGACUAGAAACACAGGAAAUAAACUACUUCAAAAAACGAAAAAAAAACAAAAACAAAAAUGGAAACACUGAAAACUAAUAUAAACACUGAGAACAUGAGGCAACCGGCAUCAGACACAAACUGAAAACUCACAGGGCAGGACUACAGGGGAACAGGAACAAUAGGGAACGGAAAAACUAGGGAAAAUCAUAAAGAAAAUACACUCCAGGGAAAAACUAACUCAAACUGAACAUAUCAUGACAGUCAGAGGGUAUAAUGCUGCGAUUCCCCCCGACAUUUCACUGUCUGUGACUGAAAUACAAAAUACAAAGAACUGAGUAGAUCAUUGCUGGAAUAUCUAUAAAAUAAAAGAACCCCUUCAGUCUUUGACACUCAUAAUGCCACUAUUUCUGCCCUCUGAAGCAGCUGUUUUUUGAAAAGGUUCUUUAAAAUAUUUUCCUGAAGUAAAGAAAAACUACUGCAAUAUUACUUGUGCUUUUAAGAUUUAGCAGAAAACAGGUAUAACAGCAAUACUUGAAGCAUACCAUUUUUCAAAUUUGCAUAUUGUAAAUAUUGUGGCUAAGUCACUUGUGUCACCUUGCAAAUUUUAUUUUAUUUUAUUUUUCAAAAUUACAGGUUUAAUUCAAUUACCAACAGCCGAGUUGACAUUGUACUGAAUUUUUUUCUUUUUUUUAAAUCCUGGUUCUUAUCUCCUUUAGGAAGUGCCUCUGCUCAGUUUACCAAUCCUGACAGCACCUGCUGGCGUAUCUGCUGUAGCUGCUGUAUCUGUUGCAGCUGCUGCAAAGGUCAACAGCAGGGCUUUAAGCCCUGAAGCAACUGCAUCAUUGUCCUUUAUGGCUCUAAACUUGGGCAGUGCCAACCACAUGUACAAUUCCAGUUGUGAGGUAAACGCCAGGAUGCAGCACAGCAGCUUUGGAGAAUCCAGAAAGAGCUGGAGAGAGUCCAGAGAGAGCCGCAGAGAGGUCAAUUCAGCUACGGAGCAUUUGCAGCAGUAUGACAGCCCCGACGACAUUGCCCUCCCAGAUAUAUUCCUACAUGAUUACUACUCACAGGUGAGAACACACAGGUUGACACAUUACUCACUUUUCAUUCAACUGACUCAGGCUAUUUUGUGAUGUGGACACUGGGGGUGGUGGAUUGCAGGAGUAGGCUAUAUUCCUGUCCUCUUUACUUCUGGUAACGCUUUUCAUCAAUAUCUAGAAUAAGGUCUUCUAAAAGCUGAGUCCCCAGUUAAGUUGAGGCAGGUAAUUGAACAAAAGUGUUAACAUGGUAACUGAGCCAUAGGCAAAUACAACUCUUAUAAAAGGGAGGAGGAUACACAUCAUCCUGCCACAUUCAUUCAAAUGAGUAGACCGGGGGUGUGGCUGCCUAUCAAAACAACAAGUGAAGCUAUGUGUUAUGUGAUAUGAAUAACAAGUAGUAUUAGAUUUGUUUUGUCAGAUGCAGAAUUGACUUUACAAUGAACCCCUCUGCAUUUCCACCUUGUUAGAAUUAAAGGGAUAUUCCGGCAUAAAAUUAAGUUAGGGUCAAACACACCGUAACACCGAGUUAGACACCCAGUCGAGAAAUGAAUGUUGCUGACUGCUUGCAUCUCUAGUUAUACCAACUUUAGUAACAACUGCACAGAGCCACCUGGUCAACCAAAAAGCCACUCUAUAGCCACAAAUAAUGCUCAGAACAGCACCUAACUUCAUCAACAGUACAUAUAGGGUCCCAGCCAUAGUACUAGCCACCAAAUGUCUUUUUAACUUUGCCUGAUUUCGUGUUUCACGUAACUCUCUCUCUUUCUAUCAGCAGCCGCUUGUUUGUAUGGAGACCUCCGGGCAAGUCCAUUGACCGCAGCCGAGGGACGCAGCUUAAAGAAGAACAUUUAUAAUCAUUUCCUCAUGGACAUGCAAUCAGACCUAGACGCCAAGGCAGAAGAACUACUGCAUCUGCACAGUGCAAAAUGAUUAAUAUGAUGAUUAUUACUUAAAGGAAAUGAUAACGUAAUUAUCAUAAAUGUUCUUCCUUGAGCUGCGUCCCCCCGCUGCAGUUGAUGGACUCGCCUGGAGGUCUCUGUACAAACAAGCAGGGUUUCUAACUCAGUGUUUGAUCCUAACUUAAUUUUAACUGUUUAAUUGAAUCUGUUUUUCAACAAACCCCCUUCAUAGUAAGCGCAGAAGCUGUUGUUGAUGUUCAUUCACAAUUAACACUGGCCAUUGUGUCAUUGUAUUUUACAAUCAAGUAACAUUUGUUCCAAUUAAAUACUUGGGAAGGAUUGGAUCAAAACUAAAAAGCUAACAAAUCAUUGGUUGUAUACAACAUAUAUAGAUAGCAUGUUGGUGAUCCAGUCCAAAAUAACAGCAGUACCACUGCUGUGCUGAUGUUUUGAACACUUGAUAUAAGAGGGCUUUUCUUAUUGGUUCUAUUGGACCAUGGCUAUGGCAGAGCACCAAUGACAGCUGGUUAUUUUCCAGAAUAAAUCCAAGUCAUUAUGCUUUAUCAAAAUGUUGCAGUGAGUAACAAAUAAUUAGAGGUCAAGUGAAUAUAUCUUUCAAAGUGUUUUCAAGCUAAUUGCUGUGGAAUUUGUUGCACCUGGCAAACACGUGUUAAAAUCUAUUUCUUUGUCUAUGUGUUGUGUAGAAGGCAAGCUGUGCAGCAGCGAUGAAUGCAGCAUGGGACUGUCUGUUGGAGCAUGAUUUUGAGGGCCUCGGCUCGCCUGCAGGCUCCUUGGGCUGCUGCAGCAUUUUGUCGGAGUCCGAUGAUGACCUGGAGUUUCUUGAUUACCUUGGGCCAAAGUUCAAGAAACUGGCUGAGAUCUGUUCUCCUCCCAGACCUCUGACACCACCAAAAAGUGUCCCCAUACAUAAAGUUGACCUCAUUUCUCAGUCUUAUUUGAAGACUAAACUACUAGAGCAAAAUCAAAAUGUCAGCAAGGGCAAGUCAUCCAGCAGUGCCGUGGGCUUUAAUAGAGCAUCCACUAGCCACAUCCAUGGGCAAAAGUCCACAAGUCUUGUGGGAUUUAAUGAAGCAGCUUCCAGUGUGCAUAAGCAAAGUACACACCUUAGCAGCAUGUCUCAGUCGUCUCAUGUCAGCCCUGUUACUAAAACCAAGAUGCCCUCUCAUGGCCAUGUGCUUCUAUUACAGGAACAGCCUGUCUUCUACACCACUCCUAUGUUGAGUCCUAUGCAUUAUGUAGUCAAACCCCUACCCCAGAGCCCUGUGCUGCUGGCUGAAGCUCCUGCCUCCAACCUGCAGGGCAUGUUACUGCUCAACAGGAGUCUUGGAAACAUUGCACCAAUCCAUCAUGGGGGAACCAUGACAGGGACUUUACCUUUUAGUGAAACAAGAGGGAACAUCAUGUUGGAAGGAAGCCAGGUAGUUGGGAUGUGGCAGCAGAGGUCUGAUGACCCAGGAGAAGUGAGGAGUAUCAGAAGGAGUGAUUGUAGGAUCAGGUCAGAGGGUGGAGCUGGGACAGAGCCAGUUAGUUAAAACUUUUGUGUGGGAGUAAUAGGGUUUGAAGAGCAGCACUUGAUGUCAACACAGAGUUGAUAAAAGAGGAACCAAGUCCACAGUAUCAGCAAGGAAAGAUUUCAUACAUUAGAAAUUCUGAAAUUAUGAGCAUGUCCAUACAAAGUCAAUUCCAGCGCAACCAUCAAAAGAUUCCUUUAUGAAACAAAAAGCAACAGUUAUACAUUUUAAUGUGUUUGGUCUAUGUAAAAUGGAUUUAUCUUUAUUUAUUUAUUUUUAGCUGCUGGUUUGUGUGAGAUACUUGUCAAGAGUCAGUGUAUUACCCUGGUGGGAUCCAGGUUAGCUGAGAACAAAGCAGAGAACUGGCAUUGAAGCUGGCAUUGGUAGAGACAGCCACUACAGACAAGGUCAACUUUAAUACAUAUGACACAUCAUUUUAGAAGAGACAUAUUCCAGCACUUUAGUUUGCCAUCUGAAAGCCUAUUCACUUUUGUCCUUUCACAUUGGUAUGUGACACAUUUGUGUUCCUUCUGCAGCACACUGAUCAGUUGUUUUGGUUUUUGAUUCAAGAGCAACUAUCAUUAUUUUAUUAAAUUCUAAAAUCCAAAUAAAGUACACUUACACCAACAUAAGUAACUACAUACAAGUUUGUCUAAACUACUCACAUGGUAAAGUUGGUGCCACAUACACUAUCGGUCAGCUUAGCAUCUAUGCUGGCUCUCUGAGCAGUUUUUUUUUUUUUUUUGUGAUUUAAAAAAGUGAUUUAAUUUGAAAGCAAGACUGUAAGAUUUCAGUUCAUUUUGUAUGCAGGUAACUCUAAAUCUUAAAAGGUCAUUGUCUAAAACUGUCCAGGAGUCUUGGAAAAAAAGUGUCUUCUUGGUCUGUGAGAAAUAGUUAUUUUCUGAAAUCAGAUAAUCAUAGUGUUUUUCAAUUAAACACUAGAUGGUAGUAUAACCACUCAGAGUAAGAAACUCAAACCCUAAAUUAUAGUAGAGUAAAGCAUGUCUUCAUGCUGACUCAGAACCAGACUGCUGCUUUAGGUCUUUUCAUGUCUGGUAUAAAAAAAAUAUUUUUAAACUCCACUGUAAGACAGAAAAAACAGUAACACUUUUCUCUUUAGAGCUUCAUUUUUACACUGAGCUUAUGUUGUUGGGUGGUGGGAAAUAUUUAAAAUAAAGCGUCAAGACCGGAAUAAGGUGGUGGGAUGUAGCUUUUUUAGACAAUAAUGACGAUGCAUCAUGUUAAAGAGGUGUGGUACAGGGUUUCGUUUUUUGAGAAAUAAGAGUAUCGCACAAAUUUCCAAAGCUCAUUCUGAUCAUUACAGUUGAGAUUAUUUCAUGGCUACCUCUGUGUGCUGUUCUGUAAAUUUGUGUGUCUUUUGGAGUUAUUGUACUGUAUUUACUCCAGGUCAUUUAAAUCAAAAUCCACGGGAAAUGAUACUACUCUACUUAUAUUUAGAUUAGUAUUAUCAGAGGUACUUGUGACAUGUCUCCUGCCUUUUUACAACCAGAUUACUAAUAAAUAUCAGAUUGUA